CAAGACUGGCGUCACCGUGGUCUUGGUCGACGUCGUCGUGCGUAUAACAGCCGGAUAUUUUCAAAUAGGUACCUACGAUCCGUUUCGUAAUUUGUUUCUUUUUUUUUUUUGGUCUAUCCCAAUUAUAAUAUAAUAUAUACUUAAUAAUAUUAUAAGGAACCCCCUUUUGAAAAACAAGAUAAAAAAAAAAAAAUCACAUAAUCAUUUCGUAGACGAUAUAUCGUACCUAUACUCACCUCUAUACUGGUCGACAUGAGGCUGAAUAUAAUUAGAUAACAAUAGAUUAUUAUUGUUCUCUAUUUAUCUUUCUACACGAGGCCAUAAACGAAGAAGAAAAUUUUUACGAUCCAACUAUCCGUUACUUCACGAUACAGUGAACUGUCAGAGUUUUCCGCGAAGUAUUCAAAAUGACCAAACCUGCACAAUAUUAUUCAAACGUAAGUUAUUAUUAUUAAUAUUUUAUUACAAAUUUACAAUAAUUAUUAUUUUAAAUCGUGCGGUGCUAUUUUUCUAAAACCGAUCAAUACUUUGAUGUUUUGAACGAAAUUCAUUUUAGUAUUUUGAAAUGUUAUGGCAUUUUCCACAGUAAAUUGCAUGAUAAGAAACAUUUUUAGUCUCGUCGAAAUUAUGACUUAUGGUAGGUAACAAUCAAGGCUCGGAACUUAAGCCCUAAGAAGUACUCAAAUAUGCACAAAAAGCAUAAUAUGCAGUAAAAAUUUGAAAAAUAUGCAGUUCAUUGAAUGAAAACAUAAAUUUAACAAACGUUUUUUUUAAAAUUAGGAUUACUUAUAAGAGAGAAAAAAUAAGAGAUUAUUAUGACAGUACAAUAAAGAUUAUAUUAUUAUUGUCAAGUGCAUUGAGAUCAAUAAACAAAGUAGCUGUUGAUGAAUUAAUAUUGUCAAAUAAUUUAAAAUAUAGACUUUUGGUUAUAAAUAUACGCAUACUAUAUUGGUAAAUUAUUAAUAUUAGCUUUGCAUUAAUUGCUAUGGCCGCGAAAAACCAAAACAACUCGGUGUGAUUUUUUUUAUAAUUAUAUUUUUUCUAUGAGAUCAUAUUUUCGGGGACCACAUUUUUCUUCUAACGUAUUGGCUCCGGAUAAAGUCUGACUAAUGGGUAUACGUAUUAUUUUAUAUAGUAUACGUUUCACAACAUCUGUUUCGACAAGUGUCAAUCUCCGUAAUAACAAUGAUAUUGUAUUAUAUCUAUAGUUCAUAGAUAUACUACACAAAUCAUAAUAUUUAUAUUGAAAUAUACGAGUGUAUAUUUUUUAACUCUGCCUAUAUUUACGGAACAUAUCACAAUAAUAAUAAUAAUCAUGAUAAAAAAAAAAAAGUUUAUUCUUUCGAAACGCGUACAUAGGUACCCAUUGCUUAAUCCAUUGAUUUUAAUCGUUUGGAUCCGAUAAGAAAUACGCAUACACACAGUUACAAACACAAUAGGUAUCGGCAUACCUACUUAGGUGCCCCUGCGAAUGAUUUACUUUAUAUAGUACCUAUAGGCUAUAAUCUACGUAGGUAGGUACAUAAUAUCUACCCGUCUAUAUAUUUUCUUUAGGUAUUUGAUAUUUCUUUCUUUUUCUUUUUUUUUUUUUCAACUGAAACUAUAAAUUAUUUUUACACGGCAUUCCGUAUAGUACCUAUUCCACGUAAUAUUAUGUGAACUAUAAUAUCGUACUCUAUAAUAUCGCAUAAUUUUCAUUAUUGAAAAAGAAAAUAAUUGUAUAUAAUUUAUACUAUUAUAUUAUAGGUAAGUAUACACAUACACGAUCCUGUACCUAUAAUAUAGAUAUUGCAAUAAUUAUUAAACUUUGGGCUAUUGAUGCAAAAUGUAUUUUGUUAGGUUACCUAUUGAGUGGGUAACCUAAUUUCUGAUUUUAUUUGGUUAUGUUUUGACUAAUCGAAAAACAACACUGCAACACCGACAACAAUAACAAUACAAACUAUUUUUCUCACGUUUUCGGUAUCAACCUAUUUUACACUGUUAUUUUUCCCAGAUGACAAAUAGAUUUAUGUUAUUAUGUUAAAUGUAUAGGUAUUUGAGUAGGUAUAUUAUAUUUAAAUUCGAUUGGUAUGAUCACGACUGGAUUUACUUACAAACCAAAUAAGCAUUGAUUACGGUCCAAAAACGGCUUAGAUUUAUAAAAAAAAAAUACAUAACAGCAGUUUUAUAUUAUAUUAACAGCAGGUCGUUGAUCAUUCGUUCGACAGUCAGGGCAGUUUAUCAUCCUUUAGUAUAAUAGUCACCUAAUACAUGCUAUCUAUAAAAUAAAUGUGCCUAUUUCUAUUUUUCAUUUAAUUUUUUCAAUUUGUUCAAUAUCACAUGAUUAUUAUUGGUAGUUAUUAUAUUUAGUAAAACCAUUGAGUAUAGAAUAGUAAAAUGUAUGAACCAUUGGUAUAUUUUUAAUUUGUUCCCUCCCCAUCUCCCAGUAACGGAACAAGUUUCUAGAAAAUCGAAUAGAUACACCGCAAGUAUUUUUAUAUGUAAGAUAUUAUUAAUUCAAUAUUUUGUAUACAUAAAUAUUAGACCUAUCUUAGUUAUUUAUUUACGUCCCAAAAAGUAGGUACUUAAUCUAAUACUAAAUAAACAUUAAAUAAUUAGUUAUAUCAGCUAUGUAAAUAAUAUUUCGAGACGACAAUAUAGAGUUAUAGCAAAUUUUUUUUUUUUUUUUCGUGAUAGUGUCCAAGACCAUGCAUCGAUGUCAUACAAAAUCCAUAAUCAUAUUAUUAAAUAAAGAUAUUUAAUAAUAUAUAUUAAUAUGUAGGUAUUCUCAGGUAUAUACCUAUAAUAUUUGUAAAGUAGUUACAAAAUUCAGGGUUAUUUUAGGUUGAAAUUCUUAAAAACAAAACGUAAAAAAAAAAAAGGUCAAACUUAGAUAUACUUACUUAUUAUAAAUUAUAACGCGGUAAUUAUCGUAAUAUUAUAAUUAUAAUUUCUGAUGGGAAACAAAUGGCUAACGGUUCUCAUGGUUUCUUCGCUAUACUCAUAAUAUUAUGAAGAUAACGUAGAUAUUGUUUCAAAACGUAUAUACCUACUUCAAUUAUUCACGUGUACCUGUUAAAACAAUGUUAUUUUUAAUUUUUUUGUUAAUAUAUUUUAAUUCUAAAGUAUAAUAAAUUAUUACUCUUUUCGUGGCUCAUUAUAAUAUUAACUAUAUUUUAAAACAAAUAGCUAAUAUUAAUAUAAAAUAUUUUCUAAAAUAAAUAGCUUAAAAGGUACAUAGGGAUGAAACCUGAGGUAAAACGAGACACUUUAUUUUUAAUUUAUUAUACUAGGAUACAGUGUUUUAAAUAUUAAAGGAAAACGAAUGAUCCUAAAAUUUAAAAUAUCGCACUAUAUAGUAUUAAAAUAGUAUUAUUGUAAUAAAUAAAAAAAUGAUAUUAAAAGAAAAACUCGUCAUACUCCACAUGAUUUGUCUCAUAACGUUCCCCCUCCCCAGGGCGUACUUACGCAAGAUGAGAGUGUCAUAUCCCCGCUUUGGCCUUUUUUAUUUAUCUACUAAUAUAUUGAGAUUCUCCCCCUACAUAUCCCCGUCUAUUGAUCUUUCCCAUAUGAAAAUCCUAAACACAUCACUGCUCCUCCCCCCCCAAAAACUACAAUGAGUAAUGACGUUCAAUUGAACUUAUACUAUUAAAUACUUAAUCAAUAUUUAAUAAUAUUACACAAAACUCAAUUGCUGAAGUCAAAGUGUAUGAAUAUACUGGAACAGUAUUUGAUAAGAAUUAAUUAAUUAUUCUAAUCUUAAAAUAGGGAAGAAACUUUAAUAAAAUGAUCCGCUGUGAUGAGAAGAAAAAUCAAAAACACUGAUAUUGUUUCAUCAUUAUGUUAUUGAAAUCUUAUCAAAAAUUAUCUGACUUACGUUCAUACAAUUUUCGAAAGGUUUUAUUUAUAUUAUCAACACUGAUUAGUGGUUAGGGAGGAAUCAAGUAGCCCCGUUUUACCUUUAGUAUUCGUCUUGCUCCAGGUUCCCCCGUAUACAAAAUUGUAUUUUUGAUUAUGUUUAUUCUUUAGCAUGAAAUAAUAAAAAACAAAAAAUUAACCACAUAUAUUUCGAUUUACAAUAAAAAUUUAAUUUAAUCAAGUCUAAGUUUUAUAAUUUUUUUUUAUUUCGAAGUAUAAUAACGGGUUUAACACCGAGAUAAACAGAAAAAAAACUAUUUUACGUUGACCUUCGGGAUCACGUGAGAUUUAUAAAUCCUUCGACAUGACUUGUUCGUCUGUUCGUGAAUACAUAUUACCUACCUACCUACCUACCUACCUACCACAUAAGUAGGUACCUAUGUGAUAUCUUUCAAACCUUUGUAAUGUUCGUUAGUUAUUUAUUAUUUUAUUUAUUUCUCUUUACCAUAAUUAUUAUUAAAAAAUAAUGAAAAAACCAGCGAACUUGUGAAAAACAAACGAUUUACCAACUAUUUAGGUUUUGUUUCCGUAAGUUUUAGAUUUUUCAGAACAGCGCUUUUGUAUAUAUUUUUAAUAAAAUAACUCUUAUUGACGUUCACCUAUUGACGUUUAUUUACACCUUUCCAAAAAUAUAUAGACGUAAAUCCUAUUGGAGCAAAAGAUGUAUAGAAUAUCAAAAGGGUGAUAGUCGAAAUCAAUAUCUCCAAAACAUUUUUUUGUUGGCACAUUGAACAGUCAAUAUUUGGCCAAGUUAUAAUAGGCAUUUUCAUUUCCCCUCCGCUGUUUUAUCUUAACCUAUAAUAGAGUUAUGUAAAGGGCAAAAGAAGUAUAAAAAUGAGAAAAAGAAACAUAGCACUUCUUUAAAUCGCAGGGAGCCCACGUAACAUAAUAUAAUUCUUCGAUCCCACGAAAGAACGAUUUAAAUCAAUUGUUGUAUAGUUUUUGAAACAAAAAAAAAAUUUUAAAGGGUUUAAUUUUAUAGGUUGCUAUUUGAAAAUCCAAAGUAGGUAACAGUUUUAAUCCCAAAAAAUAGUGCUGAUACUGGGGAUGGGUGCAGCCACUGUUGUAGGUGAGUAGUUAGGAAAGUAGGAAACAUAAGGUUAUUUCAUUUAUAUCUGUAAUCAACGAUAAACCAUUGCUGACGAAAGACGAUUCCGAACGCAAUUCAGUAAUACAUAAUUUGAAGUACCGUUAUUUUUUUUGUUAUUUUCGUUUAUACUUGAUUAUAAAACGCUUAUUAAAAAAAAAAAAAGUCGUCCGAUGAUUUUGGAAAUUUUAACCACGUUUAGGUAAGUCCAAUAUAAGUAUUAUUACCAAGUUUGUUUCAAGUCUCUACGUGUAUUUAUAACCGAAUUAAAAUAAAAAAAACUCCCAAAAAUUAAAAUUCCUUAAAAGUUCAAAAGUGGCUCAAAAGUUUUGGCGAUGAUUUUUAAUUUAUAUCAUUUUUUGAAAAAAUUAGUCUUUCAUGGACAGUUUUACUGUAAAAUGAAAUCUGGAAGACUGUGCAUAUUACAUUAUUAUAAUAUAUAAACGAGUAUCAAUAAAAUGCAGAUGUAUAAUUUCGUAUCGCUUAACUGUGUGCGCCGUUUCGUCUUUGAUUUAAGAUUACGAGUAUAUCGAAUUUAUAUCGGAAAAAAAAAACAACCAUUAAUGUUAUUAUAAGUUACAAUAAUGACCAGCAAACGUGUAUAAUCUAACCGUAUACAGACGGCUCUCUAUGUAUAGCUAAUACAAAUUGUACAGGUACGUCUCGCUAUAUUAUUAUUUAAUUACAGAUAUAUAUAUAUAUAUAGGUAUACGUACACAUGCUAUUCAUUGGCCGACUGCGGGGCAGAAACUAACGUUACGGCGUAGGCAUUAUUAGGUUAUAUUGACCGCUGACACUUACCGUUAUAUAAUAAUAAACUAUCCCAAUGUGAGUAUCUCGGCGAAAGAUAUUAUUUGUAUGUGCUUAUUCUUUCUGGAAUAUUUUUAAUGUUACAUCAGGUUAAAAACAUGGCUAAGAAGUCAAAUGUCCCAGCAAAGACAUACAGGUUUGGCUUUAAUGAGUAUUCAUAGACAUAUACAAACUGAUGUUAUAAAAGUAACAAAGAGAUUCCAAAAACCAACAGAAUAUAGGAUUUUGUUAUUUAAAUGUUUAAUAUUGUAAUUUGUUUUUUUAUAUAUAUAUAUAUAUAUAUAUUUAGAUAUGUAGUAUGUCAAAAGUUGAAUAAAGUUAGUUUAUUUUAGAUAUUUUUUACGAUAAUUAUUAAUAAUAAUUUAUUAUUAUUGUAGAAAUGUGUAUGUAAUUUUCAAAGUGGGUAGAAAUCAAUUAUUUAAGUUGUGAGCAAGCGAAACGAUCGAAAAAUUUUGAACUGUCGAUCUAUUUAUAAUCUGUAACACUAUUCUUUAUAAACAUAUGCUUUUAUAACUAAUAAAUUAUAAGUAUGAUUAAAGUUCGAAUUUCGACCCCCACCCCUGGAAGAUAAGCUGAAAACGCCCUUGUAACGUUAUAAUUUUAUUUCAUUAUAACGAUUCAAGUAAACUUUUUCGGAAGAGGGGAGGGGGAAAGGCAAUUAAAUAUAAUACAAAUCAAGUUAAAAUAAACCCAUUAUCUGCGACCGUGCAAAGUUCUCGUUUUAUAAACGUAUUUGGAACAAUAAACUAUAUAAUUGAAUUUUGUGGAAUAUAGGAAUAUUAUAAUUUCGUAUAUACAUAAGUACGAUUUUGAAAGAAUUUUCCGACUUAGUAUAUUAUUAUGUUUGUGUAUAUAAACCUAAAUAAAUGUUAUAGGUAGGUAUUUUAAUUUGUAAACAGUUGACAAAAUUUAAAUUAUAUUUAUAUUUUAUUAUCUAUUUAUUUUAAAUUCUGAGUGGUGCGGAAAAGCGUAUGGUUUUAAAAAGGUGUUUAUUUUAUUUCUUUUUAUCUAUGCCCAACUUUUCCAUCAUAAAUCUUGCUCCAAUAAGUGUAGUAACUUUUAUAAAAAUAAAUCGAACUAGGGAAGUACUUUAAGAAGGUAAAUUUUCGAUUUCUCUAAAAUAAAUGAUUUUCACAAAAUUCAAGAUAGCCAUAUUAGAAAUAUACCUUAAAACAAAAUGUUUGUGUUACAAAUAUUUGCUUAUGAAGAAUCGUUAAAUUUCUACCAUUUUUAAAGUUUAAGAUAAUUUAUAUUGUUUUCAUUGGUUACUAAGUAAUAUUAUAUUAGAUAUUAUAUAUUACAUAUCGAUACGGGUUUUUCCCCAGCGAUGGUACUUUAUUUAAAACACUUUUUUAAAUUUUUAACCAAAAGUACUUUUUAAAAAAUAUAUUUUUUUUUCCUUCAAUAUUAUUCUCAUUGUAUAACUUUGUACGAUUUAAAGAUGCAGAUUUUACAUCCAUUGAUACUUUAUUCAAAAAAAUGUAAAAAACAGAAAAUAGUGUACCAUUAAAAACAGAUGUUUAAUUAGAUUUAAAAUGCAUUAUACAUUUUAAAUAAAAAGGCUAUGGAAGGUGAAAUCUAAUCCUCUCAUCCCCCCCCCACCAUUGCAGUCUUAAGAUUUAUAGAUUGCGAUUUUAAUAGGUUAAAAUUUGACCUCCAAACUACUGCACAAGCACAUAAUUUAAAUUUUAUAUAUAACUACGUUAAUUAACUAUUGCUACAAUAUAAUAUUAUAAUAAACAAUAAAGGUAUUUAUAUAUAAUUUAUUCUAUUCGUUUAAACUAGAUCAUUAAAAUGCAGUAAUUAUUAUAAUUAUCAUUAUAAAAUGUAUAAAACGACGUUCAACGCAACAUUGUUUGAUCGUAAGUAACCGUGAUCCGUGUAUAAGUAUUUACAUUUUUGUGUAAACUCUUACUUAUAUUAUCACAUUACAUUCUUUACGAUCUGCGGUAGAUUUAUUUAAUAGAAUACAUUAAAACUAUCUUACAAUAUAACUACAUAACUUUAAAUAAAUUUUGUUUAUGUUUUGUACCCACACACGUAUAAUAAUGUAAAAUAUGCGUAGAAAUAAUGUUAAAACGUAUGUUCAAAAGUGACUUAAACGCUUGUAGGUACACUUCUACAUUUUAUACGACUUGAAUAAAGUAAAAUGAUACAUUUUUAUUAAAAUAUUUCGUUGUAUAUAUUUUUAUUCGCUAUUCGAAAAAUGCAACAAAAAAAAAAAAAAAAAUAAAUAAAUAAGAAUUCUAAUUAAGAAACUCGAUUAAACAUUUUAGAUUCUGAGUGAAGCGAAGAAUAUUAUGGUUUUACAAAGAUGUUUAUUUUUUAAUUUUUUUUUCUGUGAACAACUUUUUUACCAGAAAUUUUGCUUCAAUUUACGAUGAUAGCACUAUUCCUGAAAGGUAAUCUCACUGGGAAGGUACUUUAGGAGAGUUACUUUUCGAUUUUCUCAUCAAAUGUGAAAAAUCGAAAAACAUAGGGAAGACGUGAAAAUCGGUACAUUAAACAAAUAUUAUUAAAUCAAAGAAAAUAUAAAAUACCUAUUUAAUUAUUUUACUAAAAUAUGAUAUAUAUAUAUUGUUGACAAAGCAUCACUAUCAACUAAACUGCGCUUAGAAUCGUUUUUCGUAAGCAAUGUUUUAUCGUUGCUUACAGGUGUACAUUAAAUUACUUAUAACAGUGGCUGCACAUCCGACCCCAUUAUCCUAGGACAGUUUAUUUUAAACUGUUUUUACUGAAUUUUAAUUUCAAUUGCAAUUAAAAAUUGCAUUAUAAUUUCUAACUGUAUACGAUUUUUCGUGAUUUUUAAGAAUAAGUCAAAAUCUAAACAUUAAACGAUUAAAAAAAUUAUAUUUCCUUAAGAAUAAUAAUACUUGUAUAGAAUUUUCGAACAUUUUUACCAUGACAAAUAUAUCCAUAUCUGAAAAGAAUUCAAACCAAUAAUGUUUGGUUUAAAUUGAACGGGUAUUUACUGGAAUUUGUUCUCAUUGAAUACAAAAUAAAAAUAAUAAAAUCAAUCGAUCUCGACAAAAACUGGCGGCGGCGCGCGGUUUUAUGAAAAAAUAUUCAACUGCAGUUUUCAUUUGGUUUCCUCCGUUAUCAGGAAAAAGUCAAAAGUAAAAUAAUAGGAAUUUAAAAAAAGAUUUGAUAUACUGAGGAUGGGUGCGGCCACUAUUGUAGGUCGGUAGUGAGAAAGGUAGGAUAUAUAAAGAUAUUUAAUUUAUACCUGUAACAAUAAAUCAUUGAUAACGAAAAACGAUUCGGAGUGAAAUUUGGUUUUAUAUGUUUUGAAGGGCUGUAAUAUUUACGAUUUCCGUCAAAAUUUGAUUUAAAAAAAAAAAAAAAUACUGCAUUAACCUAAUUUUUUUUUUACCACACAAGACUUAUAAAGGACCUUCUAUCGAAUUUUUAAGCAUUUUUGUUGAGUCUAACCGUUUGUCAACAGAGUACCUAUUAAAUAAAAAAAACUCGUUAAAUUAAAAUGUCCAUUAAAUAGCUCAACAUUUUGAAAAAAACAAAAUUUAAUAUAAUAAAUUAAUUAUUUUCAUAAAUGUCUCCGUUCUUUCUACGUGUAUUUAGUUUUGCUCAAUUAUUAAAAAAACCAAAAAAAAAGAUCUCUUGAUGUUUGAUCUCUAUUUGAACAUUAUUUUUGGUAGAAAACAUAAGUCGUGUAAAUUUAAAAUAAUGAAAUCGUUAUGCCGUAAUUUUUUAAAAAAAAUUGUGUAUUUCGUUAUUUUUGAUUUUUGCCAGUUAAUAAGAUAAAUACUUUAAGCAUCAAAAAUCGACUUCCUCUGUCAGUGGUAAAAUCAUAGUAAAACCAAUAGAUCUCUAACUACGUUCCGAAUCUAAAAUAUCCUCAACGCGUAUCAACUAUGUUAUCUGUAAUUUGUAAGUUUUUUUAUUGAAACAUUUGUAAGCCUUUUUGAUUGGAUUAAUGUUAUUUUUAAUCGAAAAAUAAAAAUUAAUAAACAUUUAAAAAAAAUGCAGCAUACACACACACACACGUCACAAUAAAACUAACACGUGAGUACUUACACCCCUCGCGCUCUUCUAAAAAUACAGUAAAUUAUAUGAACGACGUUUUCCGAAUAGAGAAAAUUAAAUUUGCUACACAGACACAGUCGUGAGUCGAAACGAUAAUAAUAUGCAAAUGAGAUAAUAAUAUUAUAUUAUAUAGGUACGGAUUUUUAUUAACAUUCGUCUCAGACGGUAUUCGUCAGGCACCCGUUCCUAUUGUAUGUUGAUUAUUAUAGCGAUCCGCUACGACGAUAUAAUAUAAUAAUAUCAAGAGACGAUAAAAAUAAAAAAAUUAUCGUUUUAAUUUCCGAUGCCAAAAAUGUUAUAGAUACAAACAUACCUAUGUAUUAAGUACCCGCCUAUACCUAUAUAAUAUAUACACGAAUGAUUUAUCGACUCCCUCGUCGGAUGGAUAUACUUAUAUAUUAUUGCAGCGGACAGGACGGUGUAAAGUAGGGCGUUGUUGCAGUCCACAGCAAUAACAAAAUAUUAAAAGGUGUGUUCGUUUCGGUACCGAUGGCAAUACAUUUUUAUAUUAUAUUAUCUUUGAGAUCGACCAAAACCUUGUAUAUGCGAUAUAGGUACGUGUCCUGGCGACCUAUACAGUCCUAUACCGAGGUAGCAGGUGGAAAUGCGCAAAAAUGUCCGCGUCCGACGCUAUAAUAUUAUAUAAUAUAACAAAGCCCGUGAUUUCAUAUAGUGUUAUAUUAUAUUUCGACGCAAAAAUAUAUACCUACACCAAUAUACCUAUAUCAAUCAUCGAAUGAAUGGCGAAUUUCUUUGAUACCGACAAAGGUUACACCCCUGUAGCUAGCAGCCGAAUCACUAUUCUAUACGGUGUACGGUACGUUACAUUCCGCCACUAAUGUAAUAUAAUAAUAUGUUAUAUCACCAGAAUUACUCCACCUUUUGCUACUCCUCGUUCCAAAAAUAAUUACUUUUCAAAUAGACCGGUGUGACGCCUACCAAUAUUGUGUAAUCAAAUUCACAAUUUUGAUUUUUUUUUUUUCGAUUCCUGUCAUUAGCUAAAAACUUGUAUUUAUAAUUUAAAUAUUUAAUGUAUAAUUUAAUUGUAAAUGUAAUGAUAGUUUUUAUGUUUUCGCAUACUAUACUCUUACCCAUUGGAGUUUUAUGUAUAUUUAUACAUUUUUUGUUUAUAUAUAUAUAUAUAUCAGUGAUGGAUUAAACGAUUUGCUGUCAAUAGCAAAUAUUAUGUUUUAUACGAGUAGAGAGAUAUUCCCCAACCCUUCAUUAUCAUAAGUUUUAAAUUCUGAGUAGAGCGAAGAAGCUUAUGGUUUUACAAAGAUGUUCAUUUUAUUUAUUUUUUUUUUUAUGUGCACAAUUUUUCUAUCAAUUUUUACGUUUAGUAACUUUUCUGAAAGAAACUCGGUGUACGGAGGUCCCUUAAGGAGGUUAUUUCUCGAUUCCCGUAAUAGUUUUCCCAGCAAAUAUGCAAAGCCCGGAAAGAAUAUGGGAAAAUCGUAGGAAAAUCAGGAAUUCGGUACAACGUUAAACAAAUAUGUAAUGCCUAUUUAAUUAUUUUACUAUAAUAUAGCAUAUAUAUUAAUUACAAAGUAUCAUUAUCAACUGAACUCCGCUCAGAAUUGAUUUUUUCGUUAGCAAUGAUUGUUUACAGGUAUACAUUAAAUUAUCUAUAACAGUGGCUGCUCUCGUCCCCAUUAUUCUAGAACGUUUUUUUUAAUACUUUUUUUUUAAACUAAAAACAAAAGUUGAAACAUUUAAAAAUUGUACAUUAUAUAUAGUACUGUAAUAACAGGUAUGUUUGGUGUGAAACCUGUUAUUGUUAUUAUAAUAUUUAUACUUCAACCGAACUUUGUGCCGUUAGUUUUAAUAUUAGAAUUUAUUAGCCUAUUAUCAAGUUUAAGGAAUAUUGUCUGUGUAUGUACGUUGGUCAAUUAAAAAAAAAAAAUAACUGUAUAUAAUCAUGGAUAUAAAAUAUCAAAACAGAACUCUCUGAGAGAACUGUUUAUGGUAAAACGAAAAAAAGUUGAUUCAUUUUUGUCUAUAAAAUGCCCUAAAAUGUUGCCUUUACAAUCACAGCUGGUUGUUCUAAUUGAAAGCGACGCUGUUACAUACCUACUUAACCAGAAUCUCGGAAAAAAAAAACAAAAAUUUUAAAAUUUUGUAGAUAAUAUUUGAUUAUUACAUAAAAAAAAAAAAUGAAACCAUAUUAUAACACUAAAACAUUGACACUUUAAUGAUUUUUGAUAGGUAAUUUCAAUGAAUGAAAGAAAUGAUAGAUAUAUUGCAACCACUCAAUCAUUUUAAAUAAACAUUUUUUUUUAAUUUUCAUAAUUAAGUAAUACAUUUAAAAUUUUAAAAUUGUUCUUUUUCCGUAUUUUUUUUUCCUUGGCUUUUUUUACCGAUUAUCACCUAACCUUUAAUGUCCAUAAGUCUGCCGGUACAUAGUUUUAAAUGCGGUGGGUUACUACGCGUUCGUUGGCACAUAACAAACCUGAUUAAAAUCCUUUUAACAAACGCCGAAAUUCUUACUAGUAUAUUAUAUUUUUUUCUCCGUUGUAUCUCUAUAUAUUGUUUAGGUGAGUGAUAUACCUAACGUUUUAUGCACCCAAUUAUCUAACCUAUAAAUCGCACAGUCAUAAUAUAUAAGUAUACUAUAACGUUUCAUCACGAUUCGUCUUACAAUUUAGCAAUUAAGUAGAUAUAUAGUGUCGAAAACAAUUAACGAGCAAUUUUCAAUGAUAUUUCGGCCCGAUGUUGUACCUAUAUAGGUAUACUAUUCAUAAAUAGAUACUUGUCAUAAAUCAUAAUUCCAUUUGAAAUUGAUAUUAAUCGUUCAUUAUUUAAUAUUACACUAAGUUGUGGCAUGUGAUUCGAUAUCUCGAACCGACGAUUAUAAACAGUGGUGUAUGAAAGAGAAGAGGGGGAGAGGAGCAAAAGGGGCCGUUGCACCAGGCUUCAAAUUUUUAAUGAUUUUAGGAGGUAAUUUUUAGAGGAAAGCAGAAGCAAGGUUGGGGUAAGAAAAACGUAGAAAAUGUUUUCGAUUAAGGUUUUAUAUUUUACUGUAUACUCAAAAUGUUACCUCUUACAUUGAAGGAUACGAUAUACCUGACCACAAAAGCAUGUCAAACGAAUUUAUAAUCGAUCAUCUCUAUUUUUGGCCCAAUUGAUUCUUUGGUACACUGAUUUUGACAUUACGUUCCUUUUUAUACAAUCUUCGCAUUUUCCUUCAUUCCUAGUCUUCUUAGUGGAAUUUUUCGUAUAUUAGAUUCUUACUCUCAUUAUGAAGUCGCGUUUCGACUCACAUAUUAUGUUUUUUUAAUUUAAUAAAUGCGAAUUAUACACGAACAUAAUAUAAUAAUGUAGGUUAUCUUACAUUAUACGCUGAGACUAUAUUAUAAUAACAGUGUACUGUUUUUUCUCUACUGUCCAAUGAUUCGCUUUAUCGUAAUAAUUUGUUUAUACGCGUGUAAAACGAAUUAAAAAAAAUUAUUUAUAAUUUCAGGAUUAUGUAGGUAAUAAAUUAAAAUAGUUUUUAUUUUGUAGACUUAAAGGACUCGCAAUUUUAGACGAUUUUUCUUAAUAAAAUAAAAUUAUAACUACCCCGUAACACGAACCAAUACCAAAUUACGUUUAUUUGUUAAUUAUUAUUAUAAUAUUUUUUCUAAAGAAAAAAAAUUUAUCGCUGGCGAUCUUAUAUAGUAUAAUUACAGAAAAAAACAUAAAAAAUAGUAUUGUACUUUCACUGUACUGUCAUUUUAUUACUGAUUAUAGAUUUUGAAAUUCUAACUUAUGUUAUUUUAUUAACAUAAUUAGUAACUACUAUAACUUACACGUAUACUCGGCGAUUUUAUUUAAUAUUUAUCACGAUUGAGGUUAGUUUACGAAAAAUGAUAACAUUAUAUGUUUUAUUAAUAUUAGGAAAAAAUAGCUGAUCGGCUGUCGGUUGUAUUAGUGUUGUAGGAGGGAUGUUGGGAAGGUGGGAUACAUACCAAAAGGUUUUUUAUUUACAUAUAUUAUGUUUACCUAUACACAAUGAAAUAUUAAUUUAAUAAAUAUAAAUUAUAUAAUUCAUUGAUAACAAAAUAUUUUUCUGACUUCUGAGAGAAGUUCAGUUAUACAUGUUUUGAAACGCGGUUUCUAACAAAAUUCGAACUUUAAACACGUAUAAAAAAAAAUCCCAUUACAUUAAGCCAACUUUUUUCUUUCGUCAUUAAUUUAAACUUAUAAUGAACCUGGUGUAUAAUUUUCAAGCAUGUCUACUAUACCAAAAAAAUUGUAUCCACAUAAAUCCAAGUAAAAAGUCUCGUAAAUAUCAAAUGCCUAUACAUUAUUUAAUUAUCGUCAAUGUUUUGCGCGUUUUACCACGUCUAGAAAAAACGAAUAUAAUUACUUUGUGAAAACGUCUGCUGCAGGUCUCUGUGAUUAUUUUUAACCGAAUUAUUUAAAAAAAAAAGACAUCCUAGGGUAAUGGGGUCGGUUACAGCCACUGUUAUAGAUAAUUUAAUGUAUACCUGUAAGCAAUGAUUAACUAUUACUUACGAAAAAAACAAAUCUGAGCAGAGUUCAGUUGAUAGUGAUGCUUUGUUAACAAUAUAUAUGCCAUUGUAUAGUAAAAUAAUUAAAUUGGCUUUAUAUAUUUUCUUUAAUAAUAUUUGUUUUUUAUGUUGUAUCAAUUUUCCCCGUUUUCUUACAUUUUCCCCGGUUUUCCCAUGUUUUAUCCCAGUUUUUUACAUUUGUGGGGAAAACUCUUAAAAAAAUCGAAAAAGUACCUUCCUAGAAAAGUUAUCCACAGAAUAAAAAAUAAUAAAGUAAACAUCUUUGUAAAACCAUAACCUUUUUCGCUUCACUCAGAAUCUAAAAUCAAAAUCGAAUAUAAUAAACUGAACUGUUUUUUCAGUAAACUUUCCAGUUUUCUCAGAUUUUCCCAAUUAUUAAGAAAACUUUAAUAAAACUCUAAAAAAUGAUAUUCUAGACAUAAUUUCCGGAAUUUGAAAUGUCAAAUUUCUAAAUUUCGGACAUAGUCAUCGACCUAUUUAUUUCGUUUCUAAAUAUGCUACGGUUAAGUCAAAUCGCACACAUACCUACCUGUUCGAUUAGUAAUUUGGAUAACGGUUUGAAUAAUAAAAUCUCUGCUUUACGUGUGCCUAUAUAAUAUAGUGAAGGGCGACAAGGUCGAUGACAAGUUCAUUAUUCGAAUAGGUAUAUGGGAUGUGGUAGCGUUUCUGUCGGAGCCAAAAAUAUUAUUUUCAUAUUUUAACAUUGACAUUCAAUAUAUGUGAGGUCUACGUUCGUUCACCUAUAUUAUCGUAUUAUAUUAUAUUUUGCAUUGACGGGUUAUUUGCGGCAAUAUAUUGUGCGCACCUAUACACUACACUAUAACAUUUUAAAAUUUAAUUUUCUUUGAUGAUAUCAAUGUAACAUUUGGUAUUAAUUAAAUUUAAUUGAAAAUCAUACGUGUAUCUAUAUUACGCACAACUGCUGUAGUCAGAGCCGUACGGGUUAUAUCGUUUUUGUGACUAAAGAAAUUAUAAUACAGUAAGAUACUUUAUUUUUCUACAGGCCACUGUUGUAUGAAGGUAGUUUGGAAGGCAAGAUAAACAGAGUGAUUUAAUUUGUGUCCAAUAUGCAUUAUGCACCGAUAGUUGAAAAUGAAAUACAAUUCUGAGCAUAGAAGUAUUAGUCAUAUUUUUCCUUUAUAUCUUAGGUAACUUGAUAAGUAACAGUGUUAAAUUAAAUAAAACAUAGGACCUAGAGGAUGAACUGCUAAAAAUGUUGAUAAAUGUUUCAAAUAAUUUACCACUAAGCAGAAAUUCCGCACAUUUCACGAUACUGCGUGAAACAUUCAGAGCAGUUACUUAUAACCAAUGUUAUUACAAAAAACAUAAAAAUCAAUUUGUUUGGAAAAAAUAUUAGGUAUUUUGAGAACAAUUUGGAAAAAUUCACAUAUUUUAAGGUAUAACGUGGUAAAAAUCGGAGCAUCUUUUACUAACCGUAAAAGUUUAUUCAGAAAAAAAAUAUGCGAUGUAUUAUUUAUAAUGAAACGCUACAGUCAGAGUCCAAAAAAAAAACAACUAUGUUGUACGUCUGUUUUUUUCUUCUCGUUUAUUCGAUUAUUAUUAGACAUACGAGUUUUUUUUAAAUUAUUUAAUUGGACUGUUUUUUUCAUAUUAUAAUAUAACUGUAAUAGUUAAAAAUAUACUAUUAUACGUGAUUUACGAAGAAUAUUAAUAAUAUAACAUUUUUACAGUGUUGCCUAUAGUAUUAUUUUCCCGCGUAGAAUUUCGUGGCUAUAAUACAUAAUAAUAUAUUAGAACGCUAACCAAACGGAAUCCGACGCCGUAACUGUUAAUUUACACACGAAACCGGUGAUGACUGCAAAUUAAACGGUACAGGUUGUGGGCAUCCUAGUUUUUUUUAUGACGCCGACGACGACGACGACGACGUAUAAAAUACUAUAAGUUACCUUGCAGCUAUUCGUUUUUCUCGUAUUACAAUUAAUAUAUAUAAUAAUUAUUAACCACUAAGUAUGGGCAGGAUAAGACUAACCGACGAAACCGUAUGUAACCAUAAUAUAGGUAUGGUGUAUACGAUAUAUAUUAUAUAAUGCUAGGUAUGUAGAAGUUAUAAGAGUUUGAAGGCAGUAUUUAAUAUAGUUUUUGUUAAGUCAUUAUAUGUACGCUACAUGAGUAUCAUUUUUAUAAUAUAUUUUCUAGUACUCAGUGGCAUAAAAAAAAUGUCGAGGAAUGAUUAAAAUUUGAAAUUAUCAUUAUUUUUAUGACACACCAGCACUUUUCUUCAGUCUAUUAUGUAUUAUGAAAAAAUUAUUUGAAAAACAAUAAAUAACUGGAAUACUUUAAUAAUACAAUACAUUAUAUUAUAGGUACUACGAUAAUAACAUUAUUCCGAAAGAAUUGGAAAAAUUGUAGGGAGUUGAAAGUUGAAACCUCUACAUUUUAGAGGUUUCUACUUUCAGUGUACCUUUUAUAGUCUAAAAGGAACAUUCUUGUUACUAACGCUAUGCGUAUUAAAGGUUUUUAAUGUCGUUUAAAGAUUAAAAAAAACACGAUCCUCCCGCAACAACACGGCGAAAUUCAUAGUAUUGAAGUUUAACUUCAACCCAACUUUUUCACUGAGAUCCGCCUAAAAAACUGUCUCUAAUUCCCAAGUUUGAGUUCAUUUCGUCCAGAAAGGUUCACUAAAAGUGUACAAAAGUAACAGAAAAAAAUAUGUAUGUACACAAUGUAGUCUCUAAUGAUUUUACCACGACGUGUUUUUUGUUGCAGAUUUUUUUCCGAAAAUAUAGACUAUAUUGCCUUGUAUUUUAUUUAGCUGUUUUAUAUAUUUUAUUAUUAUCUUUCGAAACAUAACUUUUUAAAAUAUCAUUAUGCAGAAAAAAUUUACCCAUUUCAAGCUUCGUACAAAGUUUUUAUUUUAAUUCGCCAUACAGAUAAUACUUGAAAUGGUUCUAAAUAGUGAAAAAACAUUAAUAAAUAAACAAAUAAAUAAAUAAACAUAAAUAAUAAUUGUAUAUAUUAACAUAUUCUUUAAUUUAAAUGAAAUAGAACAUUUUUAAAGUUAAUUAUUGUUUAGUUAAGAAAAGGUUCUCUAUCUAAUUUUAUUCACAUUUUGAAAACGAAAAGAUCUAUCCAUAUUAACAGUUAUGCAAAACAAUUAUUGAUAAAAUAAUAUAGACGAAUUCUUUCAAAUAGGUUCCAUCUCAAAACAGUAAUUUUAAAAAUUUCUAUCCCUACAGUACUUAAAAAUAGUUCUCCAAUGAAAACCUUUUAAAAUACGAAAUUAUUAUCUUUGAAAAACAAUAUUUCUAUAAUAAAAAAUACAUUUUGGGGAAACCUUGACUUUAGUGACGGAGCUGUGCUACUCACUGGUGUUUUUUUGUGGUCUCGGAAAAUACUUGUUCAGUUAGUAAAAAUGCUCGGAUUUGUUCACACGGUAUACCUCGAAAGAUAUGGGAUUUUUACUCGGUGCACAGUAGAGCCAAUGACAUAGAAAGUUGGUAAAAAUAGCACUAAUCAAAUUGAACUAUCUAAAAUAUCAUAUUAUUAUGUAUAAUCGGUAGAGGAGUUCAUCCUACAUUUGAAAUCAAUUUCAAACACGCGGUUUGACUUAAAUUUAUCUGGUUACAAAAAUCGUAGCAUAAGUCCACUAUACAUUAUAACAAUCAAAAUAAUAACCAAAUUGUAAAGGUUUUACUUUUUUUAGUUAAAUUUUCGUUAUUUUAACACUUAUAAACUUCAAACUAUCAUUGAAUCAUUAGCAAAAGGUCAGUGACAUUUUAUAAAUUUAACUUUUGUUUUUAUCUAUUGAAUAGAUUAACAUUUUAAACAUAAUAGUGAAACUAAGUUAUCAUUUUCGUUCUUUCAUAAUAAUUAUAUGUAAUUUAAGUUCAUUUCUGGGUCAAUCCAAGUUUCAUUCAUUGCAAAAUAUAAUGUCCAUUAGAGUAUUCUAUCACGUCGAUGGAAAAAGUUCACUAAAAUUUGACCACGUCUAGAAAGGGCCAGCCGAAAAUUUGUUCCGAUUCAUCUAAAAAUCAGGUUCGUAAUAUUUGAACUCGAUUGGACCUAAUUACUAGGGAGCGAUUCAAGCAUACAAUUUUACGAAAAGGAAAACAUUUUGUUUUUUGGCGUAUAUUACGAAAAACUGUAUAGGUGACUCUGCUAUAGAACUGGUUGUUUCCUAAAUAAAACUGUUUUUCCAAUUUUUUCUAAAGUUAAUCCUUCCAUGAUAAAUCAAGAAAACCAUAACAUUUCCUCAAUAUGGAGAUUGUUCAGUUUUUAGUUAUUCGCGAAUAUAUCCGCUAAAAACGUACAUAUAAUGCAACAUAAAUCUUUUAUUAAUCUUAUAUUAAACGAUUUCCAGAAUGUUUCUUUUUUUUUUUUUUUUUGCAAUGAUAACUGCGUUGUAUUCGUCGGAAUUCAAGUUAAAUUAUACACUAUAUUAUACAUACAUGUAUAAUAUCAAUAAUUAUAUAUUAUUAUGCUUGAUCAUAAUCACGAUCGCAAUAUAUCAGAUUUUUUUCCUCCCCUCCGUUGCAAAUGACGGUAAUAAUAAUAAAAUACGAGAAGAAAAAGUAUAUAUUUUGUCGGAAAUCGAAUCGUUCGCGGUUCGAUGAAACGGUAGUUAGGCAGAUAGGUCGAUACCGUAUUAACGCGUAAUGCAACCGUAUAGCUGAUGGUUUUAAAAUAAGAUUAUUAUAAUGCAUCACGAUUGAAGAAUAUGUAUUAUUAUAUAUAUAUAAAAUUCCCUACUACAACGAGUAAUUUUUUGAUCUGACCAAAAUAUUUUCAAUUUUCCCUUUCGUUUUGCAAUUACAAUAUCUCGGGCGUGAUAUUUAUAUUACUUUUAUACGGAGAAAAAACCUAUUCGUAUUUUGAUUACUUCGUGCACGACUGGAUUCAUUCUGUUGCGGAUAUUAUAAUAAUAUUAUUUUUAACAUACUGUUAUCGUAUUGUAGGUAGUACUUCAUAUUAUGAGUUAUGACGUACUACAGUAUUGAUUUACUAGUUUAAAAAAAAAAUUAUUAAAAAUGUUUAAAAUAAAAAAAAAUAUUCUUAAUUUAAGUCACGUCACUUGUUACUCUCCAUUUGUCUCGUUUUAUUCCGUUUUUUUUUUCUCUAAAAAAUAUCCACUCCAUAAAUUCAUUAUUUGUAUAAACUGGAAUAAUAGAUAUUUAGAUAAUUAAUAAAUUAAAUAUAAUUAUUCCAUUUUAUUUUCUAUAAAAAAAUAACUUAUUAUCUAUAUGUGUAUGAUAUAUGUUUUAAUAUUAGACAUUUUAAUUGAAAACCGACUAAACAUUUUAAUAACAAUCUAAAUUUGAAUCCAAUUUAACUUCAAGCGUAGUACUAGUACAAAUAUAACAAAUAUCAAUCUAUAUCUAAAGCUUCAAAGGCCAUUAAAAAUCUUGCUUAUCGACCAAAUCGCUGUUCCGAACAUCCUCAUCCUCCAUUCUUUUUUAUUUGAUUGCUGCCACUUCUCGCGAAUUAUCGGCCCUUUGUUUGGAGUUUACAAUUUUGAUUAGUAAAUCUAGGUUAGACUUUUUCAUAAUUUGUCCUUAAUUAUAUUAUCAUAAGUUUAUCUGAAAUUCACGAACAUUAAAUAGAUAUUUUUGUUAUACUCAUAAUGCUUGCUUAAGAUUAUGUGAAUAUUAUAUGACCUGUUGUUGACUUCCCCUUCCAACUGAAAUUGUAAACUUAACAAAGUUAUGCAACAAUAACACAACAUUUUUAGUCAGGGUACAAAGAGAGCUAUUAGAACAAUAAAUUCUAAAACAACGAAAUAUACUCGUAAUUAUAUAAAUAACUAGCUGGCCCGGCAAUAAUUUGCUAUAGCUAGAUAAUAGUGUAAAUAAUAGUAAUACAAAUAAUAAUAAUAGUAGUUUUCCUGUCUGUAAUAAUUAUAUUGUCAUCAAUGUUACAUUGUUACCAAGGUAACCCAUAAAUAAACAAACAAUUAGAUGUUUACCAAAAAUACCAAAAAUAUCUAAAAAAAACCCUCUAUUUUACAUAGGCAUAUUAGAAUUUUUAAAAAUCCUUUCUUAACGGAUGCCUACGUCAUAAUAGCUAACUAUAUGCCAAAUUUCAGCCCACCCGUCCAGUGGUUUGGGCUAGGCUAUGAUGAACCAAUCAGUCAGUCAGGAUAUAUAAUUUUAUAUAUUAUAUAUAUACAGUGAAACCUCCCUUAACGGACACCUCUAAAUAGCGGACGUUUUUUCGGGGACGGAUUAUUGAAUUUAUUUAUGUGUUAAAAAACAUGUUUUCCUCUAAAUAGCGGACACCUCUAAAUAGCGGACAAAAUUUCGGCAACCGAGAGUGUCCGCUAUUCAGAGGUUUCACUGUAUAUAUAUUUUAUAUAUCCGAACAUUUCAAAUAAAACAUUGUAAUAUUCUUCGUCUACCUUACCAUAUUGUUAAUGUCAUACACAAAAUAAUACCUAACUAUUUACUCAUUCAUUAUCAUAAUAUUUAUAGUCUAUUCGGUAUAUGGAUACCAAUGUAAAUGACAGAUGUUUAAUAAGUAUAAUACCUGGUUUAUUUUCGUUGACUGGAUAAUAAUAUUUCAUAAUUCAGUAGGCAGGUAACUACAUAUUACAUGUGACAAUAUUAAAGAACAUGUCCAAUAUUAUAAUCAUAUUUAUUUGAAUAGGGUAUUUGUUUUCGUUUUGGUACUUAAUACUUUCCAACAAAUAUAUUGGUAAAUAAUAACAAUAAUUUUUUGUAUGCCUAACACGGUUGUUUAAUUUCUUAUACAUGGUGUAUAGGGCGUUAAUUACAAAUGUACAAUAUAUAAAUUUGUAUAAUGGAUACCUGCUAAAGGUAUUAUAAAUAAAAGUUUUAAAUUAUAUUAUAUUACAUAUUAUAUUUCACCGGCAUUACAUAUUAUUUUGUUUUUCUGGAAUCUUAUAUUGGAGUAAUUAUUUUACUGCCACAAGGGAGUUACCAAAAAACAUCGAAAUCUAAAACGUAUAGGUAUUUUAAACUUCGGCGUUCCUGUGUCUAGCCGACUUAUUUUUAAUACCUAGGGAACUACCUAAUAUAUGUUUUGAUAGCACGUAUUAUUGAAAAUUAUUAUAAUAUUCAAAAAUAAAAAUGUUUUUUUAAUAUAUUAGUACAUAUAUAAUUGUAUAUAAUAUUAAUACCGGCAUUACACUUGUUUAUAAUUUUAUUAAUACCUAUUUUCGUUUGUUUUUUUUUUAGGCACUACUUGUUGAAUAGGUAUAUUACCUAUAACUUCCAAUAAUCUUCGCAAGAUCAAAAUGCACAAGAAACAAAUCAAAAACUUGUAAGUAUAUAUUAUAUAACUGCAGAAAAUUCGGCGUAUACCUAUUUGAUAAUACUGCAUAUUUAUUUUUAAGUUAUUUAAUUAUUAAUUUAUUAGUUUAUGCGGGUAUGGUCUUCUGAACAAACUGAAAACAACAGAUUGCAUACAACAUUUAUUAUUUAAAAGUUUAAGGUUGAAAAAUGUAUAUAGUCUAUAUGAUUUAAACCGUCAUAACGUUAACAUUACAAUUGAUAUAAUAGUAUAACUGUAUCGUAGGUAUAUAAUAAUAAUAAUAAUAAUAAUAAUAAUAUAAAAUGCGAAAUGUCAUAAUUUAUUAAUCUGUAAAAUAGAUAUAGUAUGCGUUUGUAAAAUGAUAGGAUUACGACGCAAGAGUCGUGUAAUAGAUAAUAACGGUCUAUUUUAUAAUCUUAUUAUUAUGACUUGAGAAAGUUUCACACGAUCAAAAAUAUUGUAUUAUAAAAAUAAAAUGUACUUAAUAUACGUAAACAAAAAAUUAUACUCCAUAAGAAUCCAUCUAGGGUAUAUUCAAAAUCAAGCUUAUACCUUAUAAUAUUACGUAUUUAAAAGGGUUUUCUUAAAAAAAAUGUUUUCUGUACUAUAUCAUAAUGUAUUAUUAUAUAAAUAUUAAAUAUAUAUAUUUUUACACCACUUUAACUAAUCUAACUGUUAUACCUACUAUAUAACCACACUAAUCCUAUGUUUAAAAUAUAUUAUAGUAUAGUAAAAUAAUAUUAGGUUUUUAUUAUAAUGUUUGAUACUGUCUACAGAUAAGGGUCGAAAUAUUAUCGACUUUUCGUCGAUAUUUCAAGUAUAUGUAUACAGUAUACUGCAAGCACGGAUCCAGAACAAAAAUCUUGGGGAGGAGCAACAAUUUUUUUACAACAAAAAUACAAUUACAAUGUUUAUGGUUCCAUUUAUAGUACUAUAAUAGUUUAAUCCACCACAAUCUAUUUGUGAUUGUCUGGGACCAACUUUAGUAGCGACGUGGCAAACUUUUGUAGAAAUUAAUACGUAAUUACGAAAUUACAAAAUUGGAAUCACAGUCCACAGAUAUAACGUGUAAUUAUAUGAUCAUACAUUAUAUCUGUGAUUGAAAUAUAUUAAUAUCAGGAUCUAUAGAAUUGUAAAAAAAAUUAGAGAAAUAAUAUACCUUGGCCCCUAGACCCUUUUUCUGGAUCCAUCCCUGGAGUAUAGAAAAUACUAUAGGUUGUAGGUACCUGGUAUUAUAUUUAACGAACAAUUGUCUGAGAAGUAUAUGCUGCAGCGUGGAAAAUGAACAUAAUUAUUUUCGUUUGUUAGAUUCUAUUAUAUAGUUUGAUGCGAUACUUAUUUAAAUAAUAAUAAUAAUAAAAACAAAUAUUAUAUAACAUAGAUGCAUUUCGUGGUUACGUAAAAGAGUUAAAAAAAAAAACCCAAAACUGGUCAAUGUUGUGUAUUUUUUGAUCAUAAUAUAAUACGCACGUAGGUGGAAUGUAUCAAUAAUAAUGUAAUGUGUUUAUUAAAAUCUACUAUCGCCUAAAGCUAAUAAUACGCGGUCAUUCUGUUAAUUUUAGAUUUUGAGUGGAACGAAGAAGUUUAUGAUUUUAAACAAAUGUUUAUUUUUUAUUUUUUAUGUGAACAUCUUUUUCUACCAGUAAACUUACUCCGAUGUAUACGCUGUAGAUUCUUUUCUGAAAGGAUAUUGUCUAGGGGUGGUACUAGUGGGGGAGGUUAUUUUUCGAUUCUACCAAACAUUUUUCCAGCAAACGUGAAAAACCGGGAAAAUCGGUAAAAUGUUAAACAAAUAUUAUUAAAGAAAAUAUACCAUCUCCAUUUAAUUAUUUUACUAUAAUAUGAGGUGUAUAUUGUUAACAGAACAUCACUAUCAAUUAAAUUCCGCUUAGAAUCGUUGUUCGUAAACAAUGGUUUAUCGUUGCUUACAGAUAAACAUUGAGUUCCCUUCUAAAAAUUACUUUUUACUAUUUUUGAUAUCAUAGGGCAGGGGCAUGUUCAUAGAGGGAGGAGGAUAUCGUAUCCCCUUCAUAAAUUUUUUUUAUACAUUUGUUUGAAGUUCCUUGGUAGUUUCGGUUUUUUUCUAAAAGAAAAAAAAAUAAGUGCAUAUUUGGUUUUAAUUUUUAGUCAUGUUAAUUAUUAUCAUAUACAUAUAAAAUAGGCUUAAUAGAUACCAAUAUAGUAAUAGCAAUUAUCCACAGAUAAUGCGUAAAUAUUAUUAAAAAAAAAAAGGUCCAAAUGGACUAUCAUAAUAUUUUAGUCCAUUAUAUUCCGAUAUCUACGUUAUAAACGCGACCGUCGACAUAUUAAUAUAUUGUCAUUAGUAUUUAUAGUUAUGGAGUUUUUAGCUCGGUAUGCUAUAAUAAAACGUUUAUAUUAAUACAUAUGCCUAAUUGAUUAAAUAUUUUUAAUAAUUUCAUAACUUUAAGUAUGUAUGUAAACGAUAUAAGCUUAUUUGUGAACUGUAGAUUAUCAGAUGCUGAUGAUAAAUUUACUAUAAGUUUAGACUUUAUUUUAGAUAAAAAAUAAUCAGUUCUAAAUACCAAAUGAACAAAACUUUUGUCUUUUACUGUUUAGGCAUUUAAAUAUGUAUGGACACCAUUACCAACCAUACCGAUUUUUCUAAUUUUUCUCCGUUUUUCUCAUGUUUUUUCCGAUUUUUGACAUUGGCUGGGAAAACUCUAGGAAAAAUCAAAAAAUUACCUCCUUAAAAUACUUUCCCAAUCAGAUUUCUUUUCAAAAAAAACGCUAUCAUUGUAAAUCGGAGCGAAAUUGCUGGUAGAAAAGUUGGUUACAAGAAAAAAAUGUCGUAAUACAUUUCGUACAUUUUCCCGUUUCAACCUAUUUAUUGAAAAAACAUGAGUAAACCGAAAUAUUACCUACCUGAAGUACCUCCCCAGUCCGAUUUUUUUCAGAAAAAGUGUUACACUUCAAAUUAGAGCAAAAUUUCUGGUAUAAAAGUUCGCACAACAAACCGAGAGGUGUUUUUCGAUUAAAAUGGUCCGAGUGAGAGAUAGCUGGGUCUCUAGGUACACCUAAAGUGUAUAUUUUUCCCCGUUUAGGUAAAAAGGAAAAAAUAGUGCAACUAGUGUUUUUUUCGAAACACGGGUUUGAACUCAUGAACCUUACAAUGAAAUCAGAUAUGAAUACCAUUCGAGUAGAACAAACAUAUUCUAUGUAUGACAAUUUACAUUUAUUUAAUGUAACGUAUAAUAUCCGCAUAAUAUCAGAACUUCAAAAAGCUAUAAUUUCGAAUCUUGGUUAGUUCGCUUAAUUCUGACGGCAUUAUCGUUCUUAAAUCGGCUAUAUACAUGUGUUCAAAAACUUGAAAAAUUAGAUUUGUUCCACAUAUACAAAAUAUAUGUGGAAAAACCCCCUGUUAAAUUUUCAAGCAUUUCACUAUCACUAUCACUAUUUCACUAUCAUGAACACCACCUUCGUCUAUAUCGUAAGUAUAAGUACCUAUACAAAAAUAUUAUUUUAUAUGGUUAUUGACAGAGAAUUAUAAUAGACAACGGACCUGCACAGGCCUGUUUAGCGAGGGUCUGUAACGUCCUCCUCUCUCCCGCCCAUCUACCCACCGUUACAACUAAUUUUUGUCAACGACAAUGUAAUUGUAACCAUACAGGUACAAAGGUCGAAAACACGAUACUAAUUUACACACGCACACAUAUCUUCCCCCGUCCAUGAUAUACAUAUAGGCGAUCCCUCUCCGAGAACGAAAAGAAUGUAUACAUUAUAUACAUGUAAUGUAUAUAUAUAUAUCGACAGUAUCGCGCACUGUGUUUCUUACCUGUAAGAUCCUGUACGAUCCUACAUGAGUUGGUCCCUUAGCACCCCCCCCCACCAAAUUUGUAUACAUUUCAUCUCGUUAAACUACUCUUAUGUGGACGACUAAAUCAUUAUCCGUGUCGCAGUCGUAGAAGCAAGUCGUCGUUGUCCAGUGUUCAUUUUUAUAACUAUAAAUUGUUAGUGCUUGAACAAUUUUUACAAGUGAUUAAAUAUGUCAUUCAAAAAGUACGAAUACGUCGCACCGGCAUCACCUCCGGAUCUUAUCGACUGCAUUAACUAUACUCUGAGCUUCACAGAACGUAAGUUCGUGAAUAUAGGUGUCGACCUAACAGACACGUUCACCGUCAAAGUUCAUAUAAUAACUCCGUCACGGUACGUCAACCUAACACCGGAUGUUCUAUCGCAAAUAUUUUCACCGAUAGACGAAAUCCUAUCAAACAUACUCGACACGCCGAAAUACAUGUUACACGUAUUUCUGGAAACAGCAAUAUUCAAGUUAUCGCGUUGUGUAUACAAAAAAGAAAACGUUCUUGUAAUAGAAUCAAAAACCAUGACUGGCUGCCGCAUCCUAUUAAAUAGACAGGAUUUAUUUGCGCUUCAAAAUUUGGAAUGGUGCAUUUUCGAGACGAUCGCACGGAAAUACGUGGUCAGUUUACCAGUAGUAUUAAAACAAUUCGAUCGGGUUAGUUGUUAUAUAGAAGAAGAAAUCACUAAAAUGAGAACACCACCAUCAGAUAUGAACGGAAUACGAAUGUUCAUUAAAAGUCUCAAAGAUGAGAAAAUCGUCUCUUCCUUACCGAAACAUGACGUUAGUUAUGUCAGCCAAAUUAGGAUGUAUGCAUCAACUCAAUUAGCAGAGUGCUGGAUGAAUAUGCAGAUUAUAUCACCGUUAUAUACAAUUUCAUAUUAGAGAAGAGAAAAAAAAUGUAUAUUAUUAUAAAGACAAUUUUCGCUUGAGACCCCAUCCCAUUCCUGAAACUGCGGAAUCCAAUUCUUCUUCUUCAUUCAUCUCUUCCUUCAGUACCAGUGGUAAUGUAAUGUGUUGCGGUCCGCACGGGCCGUCGUUGUGGUCGAAUCCUCUUACGGCGUAAGUCGGCGAAUAGCUCGGUGACGGAUAAUCGAAAGAUUACCCGAGCUCUGCAUAUUCAUCCAGCACUCUGCUAAUUGCAUGCAUCCUAAUUUUGCUGACAUAACUAUCGUCAUGUUUCGGUAAGGAGGAGACGAUUUUCGAUUCUAUUACAAGAACGUUUUCUUUUUUGUAUACACAACGCGAUAACUUGAAUAUUGCUGUUUCCAGAAAUACGUGUAACAUGUAUUUCGGCGUGUCGUGUAUGUUUGAUAGGAUUUCGUCUAUCGGUGAAAAUAUUUGCGAUAGAACAUCCGGUGUUAGGUUGACGUACCGUGACGGAGUUAUUACAUGAACUUUGACGGUGAACGUGUCUGUUAGGUCGACGCACAUAUUCACGAACCUACGUUCUGUGAAGUUCAUAGCAUAGUUAAUGCAGUCGAUAAGAUCCGGAGGUGAUGCCGGUGCGACGUAUUCGUACUUUUUGAACGACAUAAUUAAUCACUUGAAAACAUUUUUAAAAAAGUUUAUUCGACGGUAUGGUAACGCGCACGAAGACACAAUUAUAUAUCAACCUUUGUAUCGGCAGUCGCUGACAUUCUGAGAAACACGAUAUGCGUUGACCGCCUAAUAGGGCGGCCGGGGUAUGGUGAGCUCGUUAAUAACGAUUGCUUAUGGUAUGUUAUCAAAAAUAUUAUUUGGAAAAAUAAUAAUAAUAACUUAUUAAAAUACAGAGGUGGCCAAAAGUCGCGCAACGACUACCGUCUUGUAGGGAACGCGUUUCUCCCUCCACGUCGUUUCCGUUACGUCAUAUUGCAACUUUUGUCUCGUUAUCUUGUUUACGUACAACCACAGCAAGGUUUUUAAAAAAACAACAUAACCUAUUAGACGCAGUUUCAUGUUCGUUAUCGUUCGUAACACUGCCGAAAUGCAAAUUUGUUGCGCGACUUAUGGCCACCUCUGUAUAUACACUAUGUAGAUGCAUAUUAUAUACGGUAUACAAAUUUGGUGGGGGGGGGUGCUUAGAGAUCAACUCAUGCAAGAUCGUACAGGAUCUUACAGGCAAGAAACACAGUGCGCGCUGCUGUUGAUAUAUAUAUAUGUAUAUAUUCUUUUCGUUCUCGGAGAGGGAUAGGCUAUAUGUAUAUUAUAGACGGGGAAGAUAUGUGUGUGUGUGUGUGUGUGUGUUUGUGUGUGGAGAUGGUUGGCGGGUAGGGAAAGGCGAUAGUAGUAUUUGGUGAUAACAGUGUGGAAAACAAAGGGAGGCGUGUUCUAAAUAGGUCAAGUACGUGGUGCAUGUAGGAAAAAAAUGAAAAAAAAAAAUCCUUGCACCUGAACCUGGAGUAGAACCGCUAUUUUCAUACGACUGGGAUGCAUUGAUUACAUACACUUUCCAUGUUCAUACCUACGGUAGAGCAAACGACAUUAGAGGCGAAAUGGAAGACGAUGUUUGGAAGGAUAAAAAACAAACAUUCCUUUUACAAAUGCUUAAUAUUAUUAUUAUUAUCUCCACCAUCACGACCGUUUUGACGUACUCUGUGCAGUUAUUAAUGAACGGUUUACCGUACGAUUGAGCCACGUGAAAACCGAUAAAUUGGCGGAACCCCAAAAUAUUGGUAUAGGUAUACCAAUAUCGAUUAGAUAGGUAUGUUAUGUGUCAUUUCAGUGUGGGUAUACUCGUAUUAUAUUUUUUGGUGACAAAUAAAUUGACGGAAGACAUAAUAAUAUGACGCACAUUCCUAUAAUAUAAUACAAAAUACUAUUAUCGUAAAUAUAUGUACACGACAACCGAUACAUUAUGGGAAACGAAAAACCGAAUAACCGAACAAUAUCCAGUAGGAAUGUUCGAAAAACUCAUUUCUCAAUACCAUUAAACCAUGCGCUGAAUUUUCCGGCAUCACCUAUUGAUGUGAAUUUAGCAACUCCAGUUUGUUUUUUAUAAUAUUUUAUUUAAAUUGAAUACGUUGAUUAUUAUGGAUGUACCCAAAUAUUUGGAUUUUCAUAUUUCUUUCAAAUAAUUUUGGAAGUGUGAUUAAAAAUUUGCUCAUUCUAAAUAGCAAAAUACUGACUUCAAAAAAUGUUUUACCCAUUAUUUUGCCCUUUGAUAAGUAAUACAUACAUAAUAUAAUAAUAAUAAUAUUACGUAAUAAAAUAGCAAACAAAAUGAUUAUCUGAUAAUAAGAAAUUAUUAGUUUUGUCGAAUUUAUCGUUGAAUUCCAAAAAAUAUACUUUAGGUCCUUUGAAUAAUAAUCGUCGGAAAAAUUAAAGAGUUUGGCACGUUGUAUAAAUGGAACACAUUUGAUAAAAAUGUGAGUGUGCGUAUGUAUGUGUGUGUGUGUGUGUGUGUGUGUGUAGAAUUCAAUAUGUGACAAAACUGUCUAAAUAAUAAUAUUUGAUAACGGUUCGACAUUUAAGGUUCAGACAUUACUUUCGAAUACAUUCGAUCGUGUUGCGUAUAUGCAUGCAAGCACGCAGAUUUACAAUAAUAUUACACAUGUGUCCAAUUUUUUGAAUAAACUUAUAUUAUUCCGUUCUCGAUCGUUUAAUAAUAUUUAUUUAUGUAUACGUAUGACUGUAUGAGAGAAUAUAGUAUUGUUGUUAUUGGAAUGUGUACAUUCGAUUUUCGUUUUACACUUAUCUAUGUACCUUUAUGAGUAUAUAAAAAAAUACAGCCUUACGAUGAUAAUAAUAUAAUAAAAGUAGGUAUACCUAUAGUAUAUAAUAUGCUUGAGUGCAAAUACAACAGCUCUGAAGAUGUUUUUUUUUUCUCAUCAUAAGAUCGAUCAUUAUUAUCAGUAUAAUAUUAUUAUUGUGUCGUGUCCAUCAUCGCGGAAACGGUUUAACGCGCUCUGCUAUUGUCGUUUCCGAAACUAUUAGUAUACGGUACGAUGUUUUUUCUCUCUCUCUAUUCACGUUUCUCGUACAGUCUCUGCAGAAAAUAAUCAGAAAUCACAAGUCUUUAUAGUUAGGUACCUAAUAGCAUCCUCCUAAUAGUCUUAGCGACUUUCUUAUUUUUCAUUCGUCUCGCGAAUACAAUAUUAUAAAGACGGGUUUUCCGGAAGCAUUGUCGAUAUCAAAUGGUUUCGUUUGACCAAAAUCUAUUACAAUGUUACUUAUAGGUACCUGCUAUAGGCUAACCCAGUGCUUCCCAAACUUUUUCGACUCAUGGCUCCCUUUUUGAACUAAAGUUUUCUCAGGGCGCCCUUGCGAUUCAUUGCAUUCAAAAACCUAUUCUGAUUGGAGUAGUAUUAGUUUCGGUACUUAUCCCAUUGUAUAUCCAAGGUAACAAAGGUAAAUAUAACUGAUAUAGCAACAAUAAUUGUUUAGUCUUUUUUUUUAAUUUUACAGAAAAAGUGUUGGGAAUUUAGACAUUUUUUUUUUAAAAUAAAGUACUACUAGGCAUCCAAAUGUUUCAAGGUAGGUACAAUGUGAAUAUAACUUGAAGCAUUUUUACUGACCAAAAAAAAAAUCCCAAAAAAAAAACGUAUAAUUUACUACUUAAAAAAAUUAACUGCCGAGUUAUUAUAUCUGCUAUAAAUGUUGUGUACCAAUUUGCCAUUCAUUGACAAAAUCAAGAUUUAAAAUACUAAACUUAUGUUGUAAAAUACUAAUUAAUAAUAAAUGAUAAAAAAAAAAAUUGUAUUUUAAGUGAUAAAAUUCGUUGAAAAACGCACAUUUGUAAUUAAUAAAUGUAUUUAUUAAUUCUGGUGUUUAAACUACAAUUUACAAAAGGGACAGUGAAAAUAGGUUAUCCUGGCAAGUGUCAAUAGGUAUUUGAUGUAGCUAAAUUAAAAUUUACUAGUUUAUUAUAUUAAUAAAUUCACACAUUCAUUAUGGUAUAAAUCAAAAAUUAAUAUAUCUUUAUUCAUAAUAUAAAUUAUUUAGCUAGAAACUGCCACUGAUUGUGGCACUUUUUCCAGCAUUCACUUUUCGUGAGCUAGAGUAUAAUACAAAACUCGCCACAGCCACAUUCGAACGCUAGCUGUUAAUUCAAAAACGAAGAAUUUUCGUAUAACAACUGAUGCUCGUUGCGUAUCCUUGGUAUCUAAAUUCAUGGAUCCGACAUUAAAACUAACAGCGCAAAGUUGUCCCUACUGAACGCAAAUUUACUAUGUCGUUUACGUUUGUAAGACCACAAAUGCACAUAUCACUUCAAGCUAAUAUAAAAAUAAUAUAUAGAUAAAUAUAUUUGUAUUAAGUACCCGUUUAAUUCUUCAAAAGCAUCGGUUUUUUUUUUUUAAUCGUAGAUUUGGCCGACAUUAAUAAAAAUCACCUUGGUUUGGUUUGCGGAUUAACUACUUGGACAAUUAUAUAUAUAUAAUAUAAAACGUUUUUGCGAUAAGUAAUGACUGAAAUUAAAAUACAUUGGUAGGUAAUAUUAUAGUUCUGUACCUAUCGUUCCACGGAUCUGAGUCGGGAGUGUCCGUGUCAUUAAAACCAAUAAUAAUAAUACUUUAAUGACUAAACACUUUGACCACGACUGCUAUGGGUACCUAACAAUAAUAUUAUUGUAACCUUAUUGUAAAAGGAAAAUGUACCAGUCUAUCACCUAACCUACCUACAAUAGCUAUGGUACACCUGAAUAAAUAUUUAAGUUUAUAGACGAGUUGUCUAUAUGUGUGUAUAGGUAUGUACAAACUGUUUUUCUUUUCUUUUCGCUGUAAUAAAAUAUAUACAGGUAUAUACACCUAUACAAUAUAAUUUUUUCCUCUUACUCGGCAAUCUCUGCAGAAUACGCCGCAAUAGUACGCGGUCGAUUAUAUUCUAAUUUCUAUUGGUGCGCAUUUAUAAUAUAAUAUUAUAUAUAUUAUGGUGUUAGUUAUUGGAAUAUGCGUCUCGCAUAAUAUUUAUUUAUUUAUAAAUUAUAAGGAAAGUUCUUAUCUAUUGUCUAUAACUACAUAGAGUAACAGUAGUGCAGUAGGUAUAACACUAUGUGCGGCGUAUAAUAUCGGAUAAUAUUAUCAUGAACAAAAAAAAAUUAAAAAAUCAUUCUAUUAUCGUGACUGGGUAGUGGGUACCUAGAUACUAUUAUUAUAAUAGGUACCAACAUUAGGUCACGCGCAAACCUAGUUUAAGUUAAUCAUAUAUUCAGCAUGUAGGUAUACCAGCAAUUCGUGUAUACUUAUCUAUAAUAUUCUUCUGGUAUAAAUAAUAUGAUAAUUAUAAUAAAUAAGUUUGUAUGUUUUGUACCUACUGCGAACCAUUUUUCUGCGCGGCACGUGCGCGAUCUAAAUUUUUCAACACAGCCCGUGUAUGCGUUGGAUUACACAUACUUGUUUAUAAUAUUAAUCAUUAUUCAAAGACAAUAAUAUUCGAUAAAGUAAUAAGCAAGGUUAAUGCUUUUGACUUUUUAAGUUCCUAGAAUAUUUUGUACAAAAGAAUAGUAGCUUUAACGAGGAUAUGAAAUAUAGGAUUAAGUGUAGUGGGGUAAAGUGGAGAGAAAUAUCACGUGCUUUAACUAAAAAGAGGAUUCCAAUGAGACUAUUAAAGGUAAGUUCUACAAUAAUGUGGUUUGACUCGUUAUGUUAUAUGAUUUGGAAUUAAGGGCGUUAAAUAGAAAAAUAGAACAGUGAAUGAGUAUGGCAGAGAUAAGAACGAUAAUAUGAUAAAUGUAUAUGGUAAUAUAUUGAAUAAGCACUUCAGCCUAAUAGAGUUACCCAGAGACACCACGAGGAGGUUGGUUGACAAGUCACUCAAAAAUUAUCUUCUUUUAGUUUUUUCAUAUUUUGAAACCAUGUUAGGUUAAUUUGACAACAUUUUUUAUUUAAAAUAUUUUAAGUGGGCAUUAGGUUUUAGGAUCAUCACCAUAGUAUAUAUUCUUCACAAAUUUAUUUUAAUUUACACUAAGUAAAAAUUUAAAACACAUUGUUUUUAAAAACUGAUACCUGGUAAUGAGAGUAUAUUUAUUCAUCACUUCUUUCAUAAAAACUUCUUUUUCCCUGUUGGUCUUGGAUUUUUUAGUCCCAUUGCUCCUGUAUUUAAUAUAUGUUUAUUAUUGCACUUCUAACAGCAUAUCUAUAAAUGUAUAAAUAUUUGUGUGUCCAUUAAAAGUAACUCUUAAGUUUCGAAUGAUAACUCUAACGACAAUUCGUAGUUCUAUUCCAUUUAUAACAGUGGAGAUUUGAGCCCAAAUACUUGGUGAUACACACAAAUAAGGGAAUAAAAAGAGAUUCAUAUCAAAAGUUUCAUUCUAAGCUGAGCUAUACCAUCUAAAAAUAAAACUACCAUUAGUUAAAGGAUGUCGGGUGUAUAUGAAGACGAUGUUUAGAAUAGGGUCAAGUGAGACUUUAAGACAAGAGUGGCCGAUUCCAAAUAGUUUGAAUGAAGACAAAAGUAAAGAUUCAUAGACAAUAAAAUAAUAUUACAAAACAACUAAUAUUAGAUAGCCGACUCGUAGAUCGGACGAGCACACGUACCGACAUGAUCAUAAUUUAGACAUCAUACUUAUCUAUUUUGUCUUGGGGAUAUCUAAAUAAUUUUUAAGCUGAAUAUUAAGUAGACACAUAACUUAGUUGAUUUUUAAGCGGUAGUAUUGUUCUAUCAAUAUUAUAAACGGGGACAAGCUUGACACAUCGUCUACUUUGAAAUUUUUAAUUUGAUUUUACAUAUACAACAAAAAAGUUGAAUUAAACGCGACAAAACGAAAUCGUUUUUUUAAAAUGAUAAAAAUAUAUUGUUGAAAUAAAUAUUAUUAAUAUUAUGCUCUAUUGUAAAAUGUUAAUAAUAUUAUUAUAUAUGUAUUGGGUGGUCACUGCUUUGGAAUAAGACCUAUAAUAUUAAUAUUUUAAUAAUUAUAAUAACAUUAUUAUUGAUAUGAUUUAAUCGGCAGAUGCAACCUAUUCGAAUACUGAUGCAUUUGAAUUUAGAAAUCGUAUAAUUUAACCGCAAUGAAAUCUAUUCGCUUUAAACGCCCCAAGCAGCAAUAUUAUAGCAGAUGAAUAGGCAAAUCGUAUAUUACCUAAUAACGAAUAGAUAUUUUGUAAUAUAAUACUGCAGUUUUCGCUUUGUAACCGAAUCGGACCUUUGAGAAGAGAUUAUAAUUAUUUAUUAUAACGUUAGAUAUUAUAAAACAUAUAAUUAACAUUUCUAAUUAAAACACACACAGACAAUUGUAUAGAUUAUAGAGUAUACCUGUUAAGAGUUAAAUUAUUAUACAUUACAUGGUAUUUUGUUUUAGAUUCUGAACAGAGCGAGGAAUAUAUUGGUCUUACAAUGAUAUUUAUUUAUUUAUUUUUUUUAUUUGUGAACAACUUUUCUAUCAAUAAUUUUGCUCCAAUUUACAAUGAUUACACUUUUUCUGAAGCUAAUCUGUCUAAUUUGGUACUUUAAAGAGGCCACGUUUUGAUUUUCCCGGCUGUUUUCAUAAUAAAUGGGAAAACCCAGGAAAAUAGGCGCAAUAUUAAACUAAUAUUAUAAAAUAAAUUAUUUAUUUCAUAUGUAAUUAUUUUACCAUAAUAUGACAUAGGUAUAUUGUUGACAUAGCAACACUAUUAACCGAACUUCACUCAGAAUCGUUUUUCGUUAGCAAUUAUUAAUCGUUGCGUACAGAUAUACAUUCAAUUUCCCCUUUACCUUUCCGACUUCCCACUAACAACAAUGGCACAUAUAUGUGCGAAGUAUGUCUUUUUUUUUUAUAAUUUACCACGCGCGGGAUCAUAAUCACAUACGAAUAAUAUUUACCAACGUAUAGGUAAAUAUUUUAAACUAACAUCGAUUAAUUAAUAUUGUUUUUAUUUAUAUUAUAUUGUUAUAUAUAAUUAUAGUAAACGUGUUUUUAUAAAAUGUGACGCAGUUCGUAUAUUUACGGUGAAUAGUAAUUAUUUGGUUUCAAAAAAAUAUAUUUAUUUUAUAAUAUCAGUGUUUAUUAAUAAUAUGUAUCUAUAGUUUUGUAUAAUAAAUCGAUCGGUAGUAUAUAUACAAUAUUUGAAAUGAUUUUAGCACUACCGGAAUUUAUGUACUAUAUAUUAUUAAUUAAAUGAAUAAUUGUGUAAGUUUAAUAUAAUAAUAACAUUCGUACUAUAUUAUAAUAUAGUAAUUACAGGAUAUGUCAAAAAUACUGAUGUAAGAUAUUAUAGGAAAACAUAAAAUAAUUAGUAAAGUUAUUUAUUUCAAAAAGUAACGUAAUGGUUUGAAGAAUAUAUUUUAUAUGAUUUUUAUUUGCUAUUUACUAUUAUACAAGACAUAAAUAUACAUAACAUAAAUUAUUUUCGUACCAAAAACCCCGGGUCAACCCCCUUUAGGGCUUGAAUUCGUGGGCAUACCCUAUGUCACCGGGUAUAAAUGUAGGCUAUGUUGCUUUCUACCAGUUUUACCAGCGAAAGAAUUUUCAAAAUCAUAUAAGCAGUUCCAUGUUUUACAAUCGUACAUACAUACGACUUUUUCAUUAGUAGAAAUAAGAAAACUUAAAAUAAGAAAUAAAGAAAUAGUUGUUUUCUCUAGUGUUACCAAGGUAACUCUUAAAAUUAUUAUAUAUAAGAGGUAGGUAUUAGUAUAUAUUCUAUACUAUAAAUUGUCUGAAUUACUCUAGUUUUUGCAUUGUGACGGUUAAAAUCAAUUUUCCUUUUUAAGUUCAAACGUGCGUAUACUUUACGUCUUUAUGACCAAAUCUUUAAAAAUGCAAUUGCAUCAUCACGAUGACAAUAUUAUUAUCUAUCAUUAGACAUUAGUAUAGGCGUUUAUCGAGGUUGUUGCAGAUAGAUUUGCUACAAAAAAAUAAUUCUUAAUACCAUAAUUUAUUAUUAUUGUUAUGAAUUAUUAUAAAAUCACCAACUUUAUUGCUUAUUUACUUACUUAUACUUAAAAAUAUAUGGUUUUACAUUCUGAGAGGGGCGCCAUGAAUGCUGCAAUUUAUUUAUGGUUUUAUUACAUGAUUUAGGUUUAUUUUCAAGGCUGCAGAGCAUUAACGAAUUAAAAAGCUUAAAAAGUUAAAUGUUAAUUUAAUUUAAACUUUUAACUUAACUUUUAGCCAUUCAUUUUAUUUUUUAUUAACUUAACUUCGAACUAAAUUGUUUGCGUUCACUUUAGAGGUUUGAAAAAAAUUUUCCAAAUUUUUUACAACUUUAUAAUUGAAUUUAGAAAUAUUAAUAAUUAGUAUUAUUAUCCUCUAUACUCAUGCGAAGGUAAAUUUAAUGAAAUGCACGGAUAGAGCAUGAGUCAGUGUUAAAAUAAAAAGAGAGGAAAAAAAAACGGUAAAAGGAUAUUAUUUAGAAUGUUUCAUUUUAUUAUUAUGCUUGCGAGCCACGCGGCAAGUGCGUGUACCGUUAGAACUUCGUUAGAUUCCUCGCAGUUUUAGGUCAUUGACUCGCCCGGCUAGGACAUACCUGUCCAUAUCAUAUGUAUAAUAUAAUAAUAAUAUAAGACAUACGUGUUUUUAUAAUAAUAUUAUGUUUUAUUUUUAUAUAAUAUAUUAUUUACGAACGUGAUAUUUGAACUUGACUUAUUUUGACGCAUUAUAAUAAGUAUCUUUAUUGGUCACUGAGUAGAAGUUAUGUAGAAUUAUCAAUCAAUGUUAAUAACAAACUGUAAACAUUUAAAAUUUGAAAGUUUUAAAAUUCGGCUCCGAUGCAACAUGUUACAUGAAAAACUCUCUGGAUUGUCAAUCAUUCAUUGUCAUCGAGAUCAACAUGUUUACAUAGAUAAAGUGAUAGAUAUUUUUUGUAAAAAUAAAAGGAAAAAAGAUUUUUUUAAACAUUUUAUUCAUUAUAUUAUGUUAUAUGUAUAAUAAUUAUUAAUUGGUUAAUAUUAUAAAAAAUAAAAUAAACUUUUGGUAUUUUUAAUUAAGACAUUUUAUAAAGAUUAAUUAGUUUGUUUUUAAAGAAAUAUAGCAUAAUGCAUAGUAUACAGUAUAAUGGUGUCUUAAAUUGUUAGUAAUUUUAGAUAUUGUAAAUUAACACAUUUUAUAUUUUAUUCUCACAAUUUAAUUAUCGCUUUACCUUCUACGACUUACGCAAUGCCAAAAUUCCUCCCUGGGGAGAAAUUUCCACCCCAAUGGAAAACUUAACCCAACCUAACCUAUAAUACACACAUAUUAUAAUAGGUCAUUCAAAUUUAACACUUUUGAUUUAAACGACGUGAAACUCGCAUUUACUAUCUCAAUGUCUUAGAAACGUUAUGUAACAACGUCAAUUUUUUUCGAUAUUUUAAUUUUUAAGUGGGAUAUAUGAAUAUGUGAAAUAUCACAAUUUAAUAAUACUUAUAUAUUGAUAAAAUUAAAAUAUCGAAAAAAACAUAUGUAUUGUUGCUUAGGUAAUGUUCUUAUCUUUAAGUUUAAGGUUUAGCACUUUAACAGUUCAACUUUAAAACUAACAGCACAAAUAUGUACCAGCUGAACAAUUAGCUUAAGAGGUAAGAGAACGUGAUACUCACGUAAUUACUGUUUCAGUACAGGUAAUAAGCAGCAUAGCAAAAUUAUGUUACUACUGAUUUAUAAAUGGUGACGUUAAGAUAUAAAUUAAGGCACCUAGAACACAGGGGGUAUAAGUGACAUUUUAUCGAUUUCGAAAAAAUCUAGUUUAAAGUUAUUUGAAUUUAAUAUCAUUAUUAUAGAAUAUUAUCAUAUCAUCACUUAUAUUCUAAUGAUAAACACAAUUUUUAGCCACUUGACAGUAAAGAGAUAUAAGUGUAUCUACAACUGUAGUGGACCCUUGUACCUAAAUUUACUUCUAAUAUGUUAUGACAUUUUCAUUUGAAGACUAUUUUGAUGAGAUCUAGUAUCAAAUACUAGAUCGCAGCACAUUCCAAACGAUUUUCCUAUUUUUUUACCAUAAAAUAAAAUUGAAUAUUUUUAGUUCAGCUGUGCUCUUAACUCAGAUUUUUUAAAAAUGUUACUUAUAUCCCUUGUGUUCUAGGCACCUCAAUAUCAGAGUUUAAACAGAAAUAACACAAUAUUUAGAAUGGAGAACAUUUCCGAAUAGGGGUCCGUAUUCAAAAUAAUUGAAGAGACUGUAAUGGCAGAAAUAUCAGGAAAUUUUAAAUUAUUGUUCUAAGUAUCGUAGAAUAUGCUGAUAUGUGAUAUGUUACUGAUCAGCCCCUCCCCCUUCCCCCUCAAAAAAAAAUCUCGAACACGAUACUGUAUCCAAGGGCUGUACAUAUCUUUUUUCUAAAAUAUUGUCGUACAAAAUAGUUACAGCAAUGCCGUUUUGCUUUUUUUAAAUAGCUGUAUUUUUUCUUGUUGUUGUUGUUCUUAUUUUUUUAGAAAAAAGCAACCUUAUACUUCCCUCAAAAAUAUUUUUCUUUUUAAAUGUUUUUUGUGGUUAAAUCCCAACUUCAAUCUAAAUGCCUCAAUUAUACAAUUGACGUUCUUAGUAACGCAAUUUUGCUAUGUAGCCGUUUUAUAGUUAGACUGAAACAGUAAAUAUCUAGGUAUCACAAUAUUAUUUUUCUUUUUUUGUGUUGAGUCCCCUCCCCUCUCCAGGUUCAUAGAGGUAUAUUAUACAAUAAUUUUAGAAAAUAUCAAUAAACACCAAUAGUUUAUAGGCAGGUACUUAAUUAUUUCGAGUUUUCUCGUUCUUCUUAUUUUUACCCGGUUUAACCAACAAAAUCAUAUUUUUUUGUCGGAGGAGAAAAUCGACAUCAACAUGCAAUACCCACAAUUAUUUGUUUUAAAUCUAGCUAAACUAUAAUAACACAGUAGCAACAGAUAACAUGAAAUAUAUAUAUGUAUAAGCUGUUGUAGCGAUGAUUGUAUACAAUAUCAACAAGAAAACCACAAUAUUUAAUAUUAUUAUUAUUAUUAUGCGAUCUAAAAUAAUACUUACAUUGUUCACUGAACGAUAUAAUCACUGAUGCGAAUGGCUGCGAGAAAACUGCUACAAGUCGUAGAUAAAAAAAAAUAUUUUUACUAUGAUUCGAUGUGCGUGAUAAUAAUAUUAAUAUGAUAUCUAUAUGUUUACAUUUUUAGAGAACAUUUUAAUAAAUAAUUCCUUAUAUUUAUAGCACCGCGAAUAAUGUUUCAUGGCGAGAAUUCUAUACGAGAUGAAUUUAAUAAGAACCAGAUUUAAAUUGAUUACCAAGUUUAUUAGGUUAUGACAAACACAAUUAUAAUAUCUAUUUUUUUUUUCAGAUCUAAUAUCGAUAAAACAAAUUAGGGUUGUUUUCUAUUUCUAUUCUUUAUGAUAACACAUACAAGUUUUGAAUUUUUAAAAUCGCCCCAACCAUAGUAAACUUGUUAAUCAAUCAAAAUCUGUUUGUAUAAUUAAAAUCCAAAUCCAGAAUUUAUAUUUUUGUCUGGCUUUUCUGUUUAAAACGUCGUAUCCAUCGGUUAAUCCAGACAUGCUUUUAUUUUAUCAUCGUAUCAUUAAAGGCGGUCAUUAAAAUGUAAAAAACAAUUUUCAAAUUUUAUAAAAUUGGAGACAAUUUUGAAAAUCGAUUCAAAUUCUCUAAAUUUAAUAAUUAAUUCCGUUAUAUUAGACAUAUAUUUUUAUAUAUUUUCGACCCAGAGUUUAUUUGAUGGAUUUCUCCCCAUAUCUGUGCAAGGCCCAAAACGAAAAAUCUCUUCGUACAAAAAAAUGUCAUAAAUAACUUAAAAGAUUCUUCGAUUUGAUCAGCAAUUUUAAAACAAUAACCCGAUGAUACAUAAGUAUAGAUGUAUAAGCGUAAAGUUAUAUAAAUAUAUUAUUACUUUAAAAUUAAAAAUAUAAAAAAAUAAAUGUUUUAACUAUUUUUUAAUUGUUCAACGCGUUAUAGGUACGUAUUGUCGACAGGUACCCAAAUUUGUGGAGCCAGAUGCAUUUUUAAUAUUUUCCUAUUGCUUAAUUCGAGUUCUACUAACAGCUAGAAUAGGUUUAAAUCAUGGAUCAAUCGUUUUAAGGAUUUCCUGGGGUAGUUUGAAAAAUGAAAAAACUGUUUAGUAUAUAUUAUAUAGAAAAAAAAUAAGCGUUGUAAAUUUUGCUCGAAAUAGUUCUUUUUUCAAUAUUUGAAUGUAUAAUUGUGACAAUAUCGUGUACAAAAUACGAGUAAUAAUAUCAUAUUAUACGCCAUCGACUCGUGCCACCUAGGCUCUACCGAAACAUUAAAAACUGGUCGCAUCUAAAGCAAAAUACACUUCUUGUUUAAGUAUUAUAAUAUCAAAGAAAAAUAUCAAAAUUCAAUAUAUACACGUGUAUAUAAUGACUUGGACUUAAUUAGGCGUAUGGCCUAUAUAUUUUUAAUAAUUGGUAAAUAAACUGCAUUGUGGUAUAUAUAAUAAUAUAAUAUGUGAUAGGAUUUGAUAUUACGUUUUUGUAUAGUCGUAUAUUAUACAGGGUGUCUCACGAUAAUCUUGAAAUUACUUUUGUUAGGUAUAUUCAAUAUUUUAUCCCUACAGUCGGACCUUCGUCAAUUAUUUUAAUGAUUUUUAUUAAGUAUUAUGAAAAACCAUGAAAUAUGAAAACAUGAAAAUAUGAGUUGACUUGGUAGGUAAAAAAGUGUAUUAGAUACAGUUUAAUUAUAUUAUAAUAUCUGCUUUUUAUUAUUUUCGUGUGUCUCUUUCAACCAAAAAUCUUGCUCCCAUUUUCAAAUAGGGUAUAAUAAAUUUUACGAAAGCAAAAUUUGUCUAGUUGGUGCAUGGCAGAGAUCAUUUGUUUUAUUUUUUUUUUAGUUUUCUUCUAAUACGGCUAGGUAUAAGUAUACAAAUGCAUUUUUUGCAAUUUAAGUUCAUAAUAUAACGACCGUAUUAUUAGCAAUCCAACAACAAUACACACGGUGUAUGAUAAUAUGAUAAUAUGUGAUGCGUAAACCUGUAAAAAGUGUUAUAAGAUAAUUAUAAGAUACGGCUGGCUGCUAUGUACAAAUUGUAUACAUAUAUAUAUAUAUAUAUAUUAUAUAUUCAGCUAACAGAGCUGAAGAGAUACGCGAAUCCAAGAAGGCGACGGGUUGGAACCAACCGCAUCCAUAUUACAUAUUAUAAUAUUAUUAAAGUCUCGACUAACAUAUCAUCAUAUAUUAUUACACUUGUACGUAAAAAAUUAUAUAUUUUACUUGUGUGUAGUCCAGCGUGCGAUGGGAGUCGUAUUUUUAUUAUGUUUUUCACAUUAUAAAUGCAUCGCCCCCGUUACCCCGUUUUUCGAUUUUAUUAUAUUAUAUUGUUUUGUUAUAACUGUUGCAGCGGUAGUAGGUAAGUCGUUCAAACACUUGAUCGUCAUUGCAAUUGUACAUUUUAAGUAUUCUUUUUUUUUUAAUUAUUUCCGGCCACCAUAUGUAGCACAUUUUAUAUUGUAUUUUGCGUGUAAUAUGUAUUAUGUAUAAUAAUUAACUUAUUAUUUUUUAUUAUUUCUUAUAUAUAAUUUUAAAAUUAACUCUGUCGAACUAUAAUAAUAAUUGACACUUGACACUAGUAUAAUAAUUAAUACGCACAAGACCACAAUACUGUACGAUUUAUAUAUUUUAUGAUAGAUCUUUCAAAUAUUUAUAUUCUGAGUAGAGUGAAGAAAUGUAUGGUUUUAUAAAGAUGUUUAUUUUAUUUUUCUGUGGACAAAUUUUCUACCAGAAGACUUACUCCAAUUUUUACGUGUAGCAACUUUUCUGAAAGAAAAUCGUUGUGGCAAGGUAUCUUAAAUUCAAAAACAAAUAUAUCCAAUCAACUACCUAAAUAUCAUAGUAUAAUAAAAGUAAUCAUUAUAUGAAAUCAUAUAAAUCAUUGCUUGUGCGUUUUCUAAUUAAAAAUGCAAAUGUUUUAAUUUAAUUAAGAUUAGGUAGUGAAAUUUUAAAUGAUUGUUAUAAUAAGCAAAUAUAAUGUCACGCUAUGCAUACGAUGUCGAUGAAUGUUCUACACAACAUUGUUAUUUCUAAAUUCCUAAAAAAAAAAGUAUAUAAAAUCCAAAUUUAGAAUUUUCUCUGUUCUUUUAAAAUAUAUUCGCUUGAUACCUAUUAAAAAUGCAUUUAGUUGAAACCUAUAAUCAGAUAGUGUUUUAAGUAUUUUAGAUUCGAAUAGUAGCAAAGGAUCUAGUGAUUUUACUAUGAUGUUGGGUAUUUUUUUUUAUGAGUUUUUUAAUCAAAUGUUGACGAAAAUCGUAAAUAUUAUGGCCUUUAAAAUAUGUAUAUUCCAACUUCACUCCGAAUCGUUCUUCGUUAUCAAUGGUUUAUCGUUGGUUACAAGGUAUAGAUUAUAGGUAAAUUAAAUAACUUUAUAUAUUACACCUUCCCCACUACUCACCUAUAAUAGUGAUCGCACCAGUCUCCAGUAUCAGCUCUUUUUAGAUUCUAAGUGUAGCGAAGAAUGUAUGGGUUUUACAAAGAUGGUUUUUAUUUUUAAUUUUUUUUUUUACUAUGUGUAUAUUUUUACCAAAAAUGUUGGAAAUCUUUUCUGAAAGGGAAAUUUCUUUAGGUAGUACUUUAGGGAGAUACAUUUUUAACUUUCUUAGGAAUUUUCUCAAUAAAUGGGAAAAAACGGAGGGAAACGAGAAAUUGUGCGAAAUAUAGGUAAUAGCUAUUACCUAUAUAUAUACCUAUGAACCAUUUCGUACAUUUUUUAUUAUAUUAGUUUAAAAUUAUUACAGUCUUUUUUUUCCUGUGAACCACUUUUCUUUCAACAAUUUUGCUCCGGCUUAAAAUAAUAAUACUUUUUCUGAAAGUAAAUCUAACUGGAGUAAUACUUUAAAAGGGUUAUUUUUUUGAUUUUCUCAAGAGUUUUCCAGGAAAAACUGGAAAAAAACGGGAAAAUAGGUACAAUAUUAAACAAAUAUUAUUAAAGAAAAUAUAUAAUACUUAUUUAACUAUUUUACCAUAAUAUGAUAAAACAGCACUAUCAAACGAACUCAGAAUCGAUUUUUCAUUAGCAAUGGUUUAUCGAGGCUUACAGAUUUACUAUCGAAAUUAUAAAGAAAAACAAAAAUAUCAAAUAUUUAUAGUGACAACCUUGUGGUUUGUUGUAUUUAAAAUAAAUUACAAUUUUAAUAAAUAUAUUGAAUUUUUCAAUGCACAUAUUAAAAAAUACUUAUCUAAAUCAUUUAUUUUAAAACACUAAUUCGUUUAUCAAUUAUUUUUGUUAAAUUGUACUUUUCUAUCCAACAAUAUUUUAAUUGAAAACAACUACUAUAUAUUAUAUAUAUAUUACCUGUACAUUUAUUAUUUAUACAGUGUCUAGUGUCCACUAACCAUUUUACGCUUAGUAUACACGAGGGAGGUUUAUUUCUCUGUUUUACAUUUUCAAGAGGCUUAGCCUUUCAACCCCCCCCAAUGUCCGCCUAUGGGUAUAAUACAUAGAAUAAUUUUAUUUAUAUCUGUACGUAACGAUAAAUCAUUGUUUACUAAAUUCAUUAAGACUGAUUCACUGUUCGAUACUUGCAAAAGCUGACCAUCUAAGUACACAAUAUUAUUAUGCCGCAGCAGUUUUUCCAAUUCAAUUAUUUUAUAAUUUUCGGGUCAUCCGGUUUACUAAUUUUGACGGCGUCUGUAAUCUAAUAAUAUACGGGCGAGUGGUAUUUAAUUAAUAGUGGAAAUUAUCGUGAAGCGAAUACGAAUUACGAGUAGAUCAACAAUUAUGGCAAUAAAUCGACGGAGGCGGCUCUACCGGAACACGUGCUCUCGAUGGUGGUAGUAGCCGGGAAGCGGGGUGGGGGGAUGGUUCAAGUUAGUCAAUAGUUCUUUAUUGUAUAGGUACAUAAUUAAUAGUCUUUUCAAAGCCCGCUUUGAUAGUCUUUUGACAGGAAAUUUUUUUUACUUCCCGUUAUUAAUGUUGCUAUGCCAGACGACGUAUUAAUUAAUUUAUUAAUUAACUAAUUUAUUUAUUUAUUUACGAGUAUUAAUCAUUUAAUUAUUUUUGUUUUAAUUUGUUAUUUUAUUAUUUAAAUCGUGCAUAUUACGGCCUUUCAAAACGUAAUAUAUUAUCGAACUUCAAUCCGAAUCGUUUACAUUAGAAUAGGUUUACCGUUGGUUACAGAUAUAAAUUAAAUAACUAUAUAUCCCACCAUACUAUCUACCCCCUAUAUGUAUAGUGGCUGUACUCGUCCACUAUAUCAGCACUUUUUCUAAAAGAAAAUCUGACUAAAAUGGUACUUUAGGGAAGUAAUUUUUUUAAUUUUUCAUAGGAGUUUCCAAAAUAAGUCAAAAAUGUAGAAAAAACGGAAAAAAUUUACGAAAUGUAUUGUUAUUAAUCAGUUUUUAUGUUGUGAUUUAGUUUAAAAUAUUUAUAGAAACUUAAAAUUUAGACAGAAUACUUAUUUAAUUUUUUACUUUUUCUAGACAUGGUAACAUGUUAAAAACAUUUAAGCCAUUUUUGAGCUAUUUAUAGAGAUUUUAAUUUUUGCGAGUUUUUUACGAAAUUUGUAUUUGGUAAGUACUCUGUGAAUAAAAUUAUUAGACUAAACAGAAAUGUUUGAAAAUUUAACAAGAGGUUUGUUAGAAGUCGUAAUUUAUGGUCAAAAAAAAUGUUUGUUUAAUUUAGUUUUUUUUUUUAUAUAUAUAUAUAUGUAAGAAUAAUUUUAAUAUCAAAUUUUGACAAAAAUCUUAAAUAAUACGGUUUUUUAAAACAUAUUUAUAAAUGAUCGGAUGAUCGCGAUAAACAUUACCAAUAUUUAAAUUUUGUAAAUAAGUAUACGUUUUUAUUUUCUACUAUUGACUCUUUGUGUUUAAAGUCGUAUUUGUUAGACAAUCUGAACUAUUUACAAUAUAACGUGGAAGUCUAUUUUGAUUGUAUUAUAAUUACUGCAUGCAUAUAAUAUGCAUACAAUUCUAAGUUUAUUAACGCACUUAUUCAACGAAUGAAAAUAAAUAGCUGAUUUUUUUUUUCAAUUAUGUUCAAACGUGUUCAUUGUUAUGUGUAAGUGCAGUGUUAUGAAAACGAAAACCGUAUAGUUUUCAUUUAAUUAAGUAAAUUUACGAUUCACGAAACACUAAUUUUUAUUAAUUUCGUGUACACCAUACGAGACACACUAUACAUCAUGUUUACUGAGUGAUAAUUGUCAAAAAAAAGUAAAUUAUUUAAUAACAUUUAGAGAUGUUACAUUUUUUUAAUAGAUAUGACACAAUAAAUACCUGAGAUGGGUGCAGCCACUUAUGUAGGUGGGUAAUUGUAAAGGAGAGAAAUAUAAAUUUAUUUUAUUUACACCUAUAACCCACAGUAAACGCUAACGAAAAACGAUUCGGUGCGUAUUAAUACUUAUAUAUAAAAAAUUUUUUAAUAUACUUCAAUGCACACAAUUUUUUCUUACCACUAAGUACAGCUUAUAAUGAAACUUCUAUCAAAUUUUCAAGCAUUUCUGUUAAGUUUAGUCUCUAUAGAUAUUUUUAACUGAAUUACAAUAAAAAAAAAAAUUUUUAAAUAGUAAAAGAAUUAUUUUUUGAAAUUUUUCCAUUUUCUGUUAUUACCAGGAUGAUAGCGUUUAUGGUAAACUAUAUUCUAUAGUGUUAUCAGAUAUUCAUGUAAAAUAGUUUUUUUUUUUUUUUUGUGAAUAAUAAUUUUUUUAUUUAGGUACCUAAGAAUAUUUUAUUUUAUUAUUAUUAUAGUCGUCAAGUCUUUCUUAACUGAAGCUAUAAAAAUAUUUUACCCAAUUAAUUUUCGGUGUCGCUUUCUUCUCUCACUGCUAGUUGCUUUUAAUAUAUAUCGCCAAGCCAACUUGAAAAAAAAACAGCAUAAUAAAGCACGAAAGACACGUAGAAAGCGUUGCAUCGGCUCCUUUGUAUAACAUAAACCGUGUAAUUAAAAUCGAAAUUAUCAUUCUCUCUAUCCUCUUUAAACACCAUACCUAUACCCGUGUAAUAAAUCAUACCGAUAAAUAUAUCUUAAAAUUUCUUAUUAGGUAUGACGAUAAUAAUAAUUAUAACAAUUAUUAUCAUUGUUGUCAUCAUUGAAAAUAGCGCAGUCUUCGAAAAAAAUUCAAUUUUCUUCAAUUCUGUUUUUCGUGAGCACUAAUUUAUAAAUAAAUAAUUACAUAGGUGAUAUUUUAAAUUUUUUAAUAAAUAUAGACACUAGAUUAUUAUUAUUAUUAUUACAUAUGACAUAAUAAUAAUAUUCGUAUAUAUUUUAUUCAUUAAAUGUUUUUUUUUUUUCAGAGAUUAUUUUGGACGAUUGUGCUUUUUAGUAUGUCUUUACAUAAGCAAAUCAGAGGCGCAAUGCCCAUGGCAAGCGGACCAAUCGUCUUCAGAACUGCAGUCGUCUUGUAUAUGUUCCACAAAUAUAGCUAAACAGUUAUCGGUACAGUGCGAUCUUGUUAAUUACGAUGCACUUUUGCAAACGCUUGACAAGUAUUCACAGAAUAUGACAUUAGACCUUCUUUACAUAAAUAAUAGUUCGGUAAAACGUAUUGACGACUCUACUUUUUCCAAUCUUAAAAUACAUAACUUACAAAUGUCUGGUUGCCAAAUACAAACAAUAUCGCCGAUGGCGUUUAAAGGACUCGAACCGUAUUUAAGACACUUAAGUCUGCAAGAUAAUAAAAUAGAAGAACUACCUAUAUCCAGCAUAGAAGGGCUGAUCAACUUGACAUUAUUGGAUCUUUCAAGAAAUAGGAUUUUUAGAGUUCCUGACGACGCGUUUGUUACCUUAAAAAAUAUACAAACAAUAAAAUUAGCGGAUAACAAUCUCACGCUAUCUAAAAAUGCAUUUAGAGGUCUCGAAAACAGUUUAAAAAACUUAAAUUUAAAAGGGACUAACCAGAAAUCAUUACCAGAAUGUAUACGGAAUUUAAAAAACUUGGCAUUUUUAGAUUUAGCUCAAAAUGUUAUGAGUGAGUUACCGGGAAUUUCAGGACAUAUUUUUCAAGGGUUAGGAGCAUUAACAGCCCUUAAUUUAGAGAGAAACGUUAUUCAAUCGUUAGGUGAAUCUACGUUUGACGGUGUCAAAAAUACUCUAAGUUCACUAAGCUUACUUAAUAAUUUGCUCACUGAAUAUCCAACUGUAGCCAUUAGCAAAUUACCAGAACUCAGAGUAUUAGACUUAGGUUUUAACCUUAUUACAGAAAUACCAAACGAUGCGUUUCUAGCCAAUCCUUCUUUAACCUUAUUAGCAUUAGAUGGAAACCCUAUCGAAACGAUUCCUAAAAAAGCAUUCACACAUCUUAAUACCACAUUACGUGGACUUAGCUUAGGAGGACGAUACUUACAAUGCGAUUGUAGAAUCCGAUGGGUAAUAGAAUGGAUAAAAAAUGGAGAUUUGCAAGUAACUAGCAGAGAAAGAAAUCCGCAAUUUUGUGCCAGUCCCUCAUAUCUUAAAAACAAACAUUUGUAUCAAAUCGAUCCUUUAGGUAAUAUUUAUAAGCUUUUUUAUGAUACAUCGAUUUAAACAAAACAUACAUAGUUUAUAUUUUAAAUUGCAGAAAUGGUGUGUGAUAACGAAUCAAGUCCAUCUGAUGCGUCAACAAUAUUAGAAACUAGUAUAGACGAAGAUGACGUGAAUUCUCAACAUCCCCUUGGAACUGGCGUUGGUUAUGUUAGCCCUACAAUCGUUUCAGCUGAAAUUCCUACUUCAAACAAUAAUUAUAAAAAAAAUCCACCAAUUCCGGAAGUGGAAGUUGUAGAUCCUUCAAACUCUUCGGAGUUACUUGGACAUCUAAUGGAUACUACAAAAAUGGUUUCUUCGACUACGGAGAGUACAACUACAAUGAACGCUAUUGACACAACAACAAAGUAUUUUGUACAAAACACUACAAACGUUAGUAGUGACUUUAUAUUGACCUCGCAUAGCAAAAAGUUUUCGUUGUUGGACAUUGUUCUAAAAAUGAUUGCAUUAUAUUUAUGUUUUCAGAUUAAACCCACGAGUUCAACCCGUAAAACAAAUUUAGUGAUAACGCGGCCGCAGUUGGCACAAACUUCUCAGAAACCGCCACUAAUACUGGGCAGUUAUCCUAAAAAGCAAGCCCAGGAAGUCAUUAUAAGAAGUGUUCACAGACAAGACAAUUCGGUGAUAAUCCAAUGGGAUUCUGAAACGGCGAAUAUCUUGGGAUUUCGAGUUGUUUAUAGGCUCUUCGGUGAUCGCACGUUUAAGCAGGGGCCGCCUCUCGAAACCAGCGAGCGGGAAUUUAAAAUAAAAAACGUACCAUAUCAGGUAAAUCUUCGCCGAUGAAACGUCGCCCUCUGUGUAAUCAUAAAAAAAUAUUAUUUAUAAUCGCUUGAAUUUCGAAAAACUGGAAAUAGGAAUGCAUCAUAGUGUGCGUCAUAUCUCUAGAGGAGCUAAACAUAUCACCGGAUACGGUGCCGUACAGCCAGUGCCGCGAGAUCCGGACGGCGGUGACGAUGACGAGCAACAUGGACCGCAUAACGAUCGCGGCCAGCGCGGCUAUAUGCGGAACCGUGCUGAUCGCCGUCGUCGUGUUCAUAGCGGCCAGCAAGCGCCGCGCCAAAAAACUCCAAAGCCUGCACAACUCGAUGGCAUCCUGCCACACGAACAAGGUCGGCGUGCCUGUGGGAACGCUGCCGGUCAACGGCUGCUAUAGUGCCAGCGGCGGCCCGAACGCCGGUCCGAUGUCCUCGUUGGCGGCCCUCAGCGCGUUUAACGGUCACAAAGACUGGGACCAAGGUUCGGUGUACAGCAACCGCAGCCUGAACCCAUCUCGGAUGUACAGAGUGGCCGACGGCCGACAAGGUAUGACCGUCUUAGUUUUUAUUUUAUUUUUCAAUUGUGAUCCGUUCGAGAUCCGGACAGUAAAAUCUGUUCGAAAUUGUUGAUUCGCCUUUACUCUUUAGUCGUCACACCGUAAAAUAUUUUUAGCCGAACAUUUACACUACACUAAUACAUUUUCGUCGAACGUUAAACUAUAGUACUUGAGAAACCUCAAGUGCAUUUUUGUGAGUUGACUGUGGUUAAACGUAAAUUAAUUCAUUUAUAAUUCAUUUAUACUAAUGUAUUAAAUUCCUUUUCAGAAAAUAAAUAAGUUGCGAUAAAUAUUAAAAAAUUAUUAUUUUAGAUUCGGAGCGAAUCUAUUGGUUUUACUAUUGUAACUUACCCAACGCUCUGUGCGUACGCUCUAUGUUUAUAUUUACGAAGUCUCGGGACUUGACCUCGGUGUGUGAUACUUUUGUAACAGACCGAGGUAACCUUUGACCACAAAACAAGACACUAUUUAAAUAAUUUAUAUGAUCUUAUAUUACCAGUAUAAAUUGUACAUCUUGAGGGUGUCCAGUCGAGGGGUAAGUAAAGUUCGUGAUAGCGGCCUGUGGUAUCCUUCCGAUAGCCGUUCCUUCCUAGGAUCCUAUUAUUCACGGGUACGCUCUACCACCCGACUCGUGACACUUUGCUGCAUUCCUAUCGCUGGUCUCCGGGCGCACACCUAAAACCCAUAGCCAGCAUUUUGCCCUCCAUUCCCCCUCGCCUAUGACAAAUACACCUAAUACUAGCCUCGCAUCACCAGUGGGAUAAUGUGCCUAUCGUUACACUAUAAUGUGUGUUUUUAUUUUUGUAUCUUUUAACAACUUUUCUCCCAAAAACUUGCUCCGAAAUAUAGACUAAAGCACAUUUUCUGAAAGGAAAUUUUCUCUCAUUCGUUCGUUGAGGAGGUCAUUUAUUGAUUUUUCAAGAAGUUUUCGAAAUAAUUUGGAAAAAUCCGAAAGAAAAUUGUUGGUAAAACGGCAAAUAUUUACGCCACGUUACUGUUUUCAUUAAUUUUUUUUAUGUUAAUACGAUGUUUUCUACUAGAAAUAUUACUUCAAUCAAAAAAUUACAUGAGGUCGGUUUUAUACCUUACAAUAUUUUACCACUGACAGGGUAAUUCGUUUUUGAUAUAUUGAAAUAGUUUUCUUAAUAAUUUGGAAAAACCAAAAAUGUCGAAAUAUACGAUUUAUUUCAAAUUACGACACAACGAUUACGUUAUUUUAAAUUUCUAUUAAACAUUCCUUCAAUAGAUAAACGACAAGAUACCUUUUUUAUUUCAUUUUUGAUCUGAUUUAUGAGCAAGCUAUUCAGUUUUUGAUUUUUUAGAUAGUUUUUAUAAUUAUUAGGAAAAACCGGAAAGAAACGUAAAAUGAAAACAAAUUUACGGCGUUACAAUUUCAUUAUUUUACAUUUUUACGGCUCAUGUUUUCUAUCAUAAAUAUUGACCAAUAGAAAACCACCAAGAGAUCUUUUUCGUUAAAUUUUGUAUCUUAUUGGUGACCAAAGUUUUAUUAAUAAUUGAGUAAAACCGAAAAAAAAAUAAAUGCAAAAAGUACAGGAAAUGUAUGAAAAUAAUUAUUUUACUAUUUUCAAUUUUGUUUUUUUAAUGUUAUUUAGUUCAUUUCAAUCAUAAAGACUUGACAUUUUUACAAAAUUCGUAUAUAUGCUUUUUCUAGAAGUGGUAAAAUUUUCACAAGACUUGAGUUAUUUUCGAGCUAUUUAUAAAUAUUUUAACACCUAGGCCAUAGGCACUAGGGAUAGGUGUACUAAUGUUAUAAGUGAGAAGUUGGGAAGGUAGGAUGAAGUAAGAUUAAGUUAUUUAAUUUUAUCUGUAAGCAAUGAUGAAUCAUUGCUAACAAAAUACUUUUCUCAGUGACGUUCGGUUGUACAUGGUUUGUAAUGCCGUAAUUUUUAUGAUUUUUGUUAAAAUUUGAACUUGUAAAAAAAAACUGUAUUACGCCCAAAUUAUUUUUGGCCCACUAAGUAUAACUUAGUAAUGAAUAUCGUAUACAAUUUUACAAAAAUAUCCAUUAGGCCAAACAAUUUUAUCCACAUAAUACCUACCAAAUAAGAACUAAAAAAAACUAGAAAAUGUCAAAUGCUAUAAAUAGUUAAAACAUUCUCCAGAAUGUUUUUAAAAUUUUACUACAUCUAAAAAAUGCCAAUAAAAGUGUUCUAUGAAAAUUUCAGGUCUCUACGAUUAUUUUAAACUAAAUUACAAUAACAAAUAAAAUCGAAAAUAAUGAAACCAUAAGUCUGAAAUAAAAUUAUAAAUUAAAAACAAAACAUUUAUUUAUUUAUUUCUACACAUAAAUUAUUUAUAUAAAAAAUAUGACGUAAACUUUUCAUAUUUCCUACGUUUUUCCCAAUUAUUAAGAAAACUAUACAGAAAAUAAAAAAAAAUUGCUUAUACACCAACUAGAUAAAAUUUUCUUUCAAAAAAAUACUAUUCAACAAUUCAAUUUCGAUGUAAGAUUUCUGAUAGAAAACAAAAUUGGAAAAAAUGUAAAACAAUGAAAUCAUUAUUUCGAUACGAAGAACAUUCCACGUCAAAUCACAAAAUUAUUGCCAUUAUUGGGCUGACCCCAUAUGAUUUUGAUGAACAAUAGAUUUUUUGAUUUAUUUUAGACUGUAAUGAGACCUAUACUUUUUUGAUAUUUUUCCAUCCAUUCUUAAAGCCACCAUCGUUAAUAUUUUAAAUCUGAAUGAAACAUGAAGAUAAACAUUUAUGCAUAAUUUAGUGCAUUGAUUUCUACUAUAUAUCAUCAGGUUAGGGGAACACAGUGCAAUUCUGUCAAAUUUUUUUAUUUUCCUAAAGUUGUUUAAAUUUUUAGUAUAUCGUCUGUAUACAAUUUAUAGUUGAAUACGUUACGACAAUAUUUUAACAGUAAUAUCUGGAUAAAUAAUAGAGGAUACCUGUUAAAAAAAAAGAUCUGAUACAUAGGGAUCAGUGUGCCACUGAUGUAGGUGAGAAGUCGUGAAGAUACAUAAAGUUUAGACAUGAAAAAUAACAAAAAAAAUUAAAACCAAUAGAUCUCUCGCUACGCUCCAGGGAUUUUGACUAGAAUCCUUGAAAUAAAAUCAAAUAGAAAACAAAAUUUGCUACGAAAGUUGAGUGAAAUUAUAUAAUAACUUGUGCUUGAUAUCCAUAAUUCAACAGGCAAUGAAGAUUUACACUCAAACAUAUCAAACUUCAGUUCAAAACCACCGAAAAUGCGUUCGGUAGCUGACGGACAAUCGCAGAAUAGUUUUUCAAAUAACUCAAUGCGAUAUUUAGGCGGUAGCAACGCGUACUCGUCUGAUUUGGUGAACUCGAGACCAGGUAAGUUCGCUGCAGAUAAGCAGCAAACAGUGACGGAUCCAGAUGGGGACCCCCCAGACAUAUUAAUUCGCCAAUUUUUUUUAUAAUUCUAUAAACCCUGAUAUUAUAUUUCAAUCACAGAUAUGGUAUGAUCAUAUUUAUGAUAUUUAUUACCAGCUAGAUUGAAAUAGGACGGGAAUCACUACUAGUGGUGGCCAUUGUACCUGCGUAUCACAAAGUUGUGACCAUACCUAUAUAUUUAUCCAUGAUAAUUUCAAAAUCACGAGUUAAUUGCUGAUACCACGAAAGCGCACCAUGUUGCCACCAAAUUUGGUCCCGGUCCUCCCAAACAAUCACAAAUAGAUUGUGGUUAAUCAAACUAUUAUUAAUGUGGUACUAUAAUUAGAACCAUAGAUAUUUUAAUAGUAUUUGUGUUGUAAAAAAAUAUUUGCUCCUCCUUCAGCUCUUUCCUCUGGAUCCUUGCCAGUAGAUGGAUGAUCAUGGCUAUGUACUCGAAUCAUUUAUUCGGACUUCAGGUGUUGAAAGAAAAUUUAAGUAAAUUAAUUUGGAUUUGCUUCUGGUUAAUUCAGGUUUUUAUAUUUUAGAUUCUGAGUGGAGCAAAAAAUGUAUUGGUUUUAUAAAUAUGUUUUUUAAUUUUUGUAUAUAAACACUUUUUCUACCAAAAAGCUUACUGCAAUAUAUACGAUGUAGACUCUUUUCUGAAAACAAAUUUUCUUGGGAUGGUACUUUAGAUAGGUAAUAUUUCGAUAGGUUUCUAAUCAAAUGUGAAAAACCAAAAAAAUAUCUGUACGCUACGAUUAACAAUUGUUAACGAAAAGCGAUUCUGAGCUGAGUUCUGUUAACUGUGUUGGUAUGUCAACAAUAGAUAGGGUGAUUCACUAAGCGUGCUCACCUCAGUUUUUUAGAUGAAUUUUGCAUACAUUAAAAUUCUGAUUUGGAAUUUUUAAGUUUAGUUAAAGUAGAUAUUUUCGAAUACAUAGAUUUAAUUAAAUGUUGGUGUUAACAUGUUUGAUUUCCCUCAACCUGUUAACGAGGUAUUUCACUUUUCAGUUUUAGGUAGGGAGAGAGUAUAGUACCAUUUGUGUGGUAACACAGCGUGUGGUAUUGUAUUAGUGCUAAAAUUUAGAAUAGAUAUUUAAUAUAAAAUCGAAAAUUUUAACACCAACAUUUAUUUAAAGUAAUACUCCGUCUAUUUAUCAAAUUUUUAAUAUAGGUUCUCUUAUGAAAAACCGAUGUUGGUAUCGUAAAUCGGUGCGAAAUUUCUGGUAGAAAAGUUGUCCAUAGAAAAAAAAUAAACAUCAUUGUAAAGCCAAUACAUUUCUCGUUCCGCUCAGAACAAACGGGAAUACUUUGCACGAUGUGUGAGCCACUGUUAUAAGUGAGAAGUUGGGAAAUUAGAGAGGAAAUUAAUGUAUAUCUGAACACGAAGGUUAAUCAUUGCUAACGAAAAACGAUUCUGAGCGAAGUUAGGUUACUCAUCCUUUGAAAGGCCAUAAUAUUUACGAUUUCAAAAAUAAUACAUUUUGUCUUUUUUCCCGUUUUUCCUACCAUUUUCCCCAUUUACUAUGAAAAAUCCUGGGAAAUUAAAAAAAUUGCCUUUUUAAAAUACCACCCUAGUCCGAUUUCCUCUUAAAAAAAGUGCAACCUUUGAAAAUCAGAGCAAAAUUUAUGGUAGAAAAGUUGUUCACGGAAAAAAAAAUAAACACCAUUGUAAUCAAUAACCGAAACCAAUAUAUUCCUUGCUCCGUUCAGAAUCUAAAAAUGUAUAACAAACGCGGAUGCAUCGGUUUUAUUUUUUUUUGAUCUCUGAGUAAUCACUUCUUUCCCCCUUUACACAGAGCUGAGGCAGUCACGACAAUCGUUAGCGGUCUCCGAGAGAAUGUCACACAUCAGUUACCCAGGAAGCGCGCGAACGAACACGUCCAGGAACAAACCACGCCAGCGUUCGAGGACCAGAGAGCAGGGCACGCAAAACAGGCCACCCAGCCGAUACAGCCAUGGUGGUUCGCAUCACAACCUCAACAGCUAUGGUGGCGGUGGCGGCCCCGGGGACACGUCCGACAACUGGACCGAUCACGAUAUCGACAUAUAUAUGACCAGGAAUCCGACGGCUAGAAACGGCGGUCUUGUGCCACUGUAAAAUAAAAUCGACGAUUGGUAUAUUUUAAUACCUUUUCCGCAAAUUGUAGCUCAAUUUUUGGAAUGUAUUUAUUUUAUUAUAAUUAUUCUUUUGUUUUUUUUUUUUUUUUUUUUUUUUUUGAUAUCUUAUAUCAACAGUAGGUAUUAAUGCCAGAUAAACAUUUACAUUUGAAUUUGUUUGUAUAAUAUAUUAUAUUAUUUUACCUACCUUCUAUAAAUCCGUUUCGAUAAUAUUUACCAUUAUAGGCGUUUAUUUAAAGGUAAAUUUACAUGAGUCGAAUGUACAAAAAUUCUCGAUAUGGCAUCAACGAAAUAUGUAACUACUCUAUGUACAAAAUACAUAUACGAUUUAAUUUUGAUGAUCCUGCGGUUGAGUGUCUAUAUUCAGUAGUUACUCACUAACUUAGCUGACGAAUUUUUUUUCAUUCACAUGUAAUUAUAUAACUAUAAUAAAUUAAUACGAUAAGUUAAAAUUAUUUAACACUGCAUAUAACGUUUAUAUUUUGUAAAUACACUGCGCCCAUAUAAUUAUAUAUUGACAAAACGAAUAAUAUUUACCUUAAAUUUACAUUACUUGCAACAUAUUAAUUAUAACUUUAACGGAUACUGUAAAAAACCAAACAAAUCACUUUUUUUUAAUUUGAGAAAAAUAUGUUUUUUAUUUUAUUUUUAAAAAGUAAGCAGUUCGGAUUAAGUUAAAUUUUGAUUUUUACAAUAUUGUAGACCGAAUUAAAUUAUGUUUGAAAUGAAUACAUAAUAACAAUCAUAUUGAAAUAUAACAGAAAUAUCGUCAAUACUUUAUCUAAACUUACUUUUCUAGCUUUCCCUGUAUCCUUCAUAUAAGACUAAAAGGCUUAAGGCUAUAAAAGAAAAGUACUUUGAUGUAUUUAUGGUCCUAUCGUAGAUAAUGGAAUAUACCGAACAAGAAUGUUGCAGUUAUAUCAAAAACUAGAUACUAAAGCAUUUAUCGAGAGUAAAAUAGUGAUGGGUAGGUGGAGAGAUAAUGGGAUAUGUGAACUGGCAACAACGAGAGAAAUCAAAAGGGAGAACUUAAAAAAGAGAAAGAGAAAACUUAGUAAUGCUACCCCGGACAAAGACAUGGCAGACGGAUAUACGCUGAAGACUGACCUCGAAAAAUAUACUUAAAAAACGAGAGUGUUGGACUAAUUAAAGAGAGUGAGUAUAUUAUGACGUGAAGAACACGUGGAUAUAGUGGAAACACUGACUGGAAGCGGUGAAACCUUUGAGUGAGCUAUAAAUAUUAAUGCUACAAAAGAACAAUUAUUAAUAUGAUUAAAAAAAAAAUAAAUGAAAAGUCUUUUUUUUAUGUUUUCAAACCAUAUUUAUUCAUUGAAUAACCAAAUUGACUCAAAUAAAAUUCUAUAACAUUACAUUAUACGUUUCUUCGUGUUUUAUUAAAAUAAAAUAACAACAAUAAUAACUUGACGUUUCCCUCUAACUAAUGACUCUAAUGACUUUAACAAAAUAAAUAUGUAUGAUUACAAUUUGUUCACUAUGCUCAUCUUUGAAAAAUUAAGCAACUAAACCGAAAAAUACUUUUAGAGAAUAUAGAUACAUAUUAUAUAAUAUUUUUUCAGUUUAAUCGUAUAAUAACGUUAUAUAGUGUUGUAUAAUACGAGGUAACUAUGUAUAAGGUGUCGUAUUUACGGGUUGAAGACACUGGAGGUUUCUACCUCCCCCAUAGAAACCAAACAACUUCUAUAAUAUCAGUGAGUUUAGUCGUUUAAAUUGACCCUCCCUCCCUAAAAAUCCAAAAAAAAUAUGAAAUACGCUACUAAUUGGUAACUAUAUUUUUCAAUAUCGUGUUGUGUUCUACCUCAUCGUCACUAUACUUAUUUUAUGCGGCUCAUGUAUUUCAAUUUUGAUAACGAGUGUGUGUGUGUGUGUGUGUAACAUAAUUUGAGUAUAUAGGAGUAGUAUAAAUUAGUGGAUUCUGUUUCGCAACACAUAGCAAAACGUGAAUUCGGUCUCUUUCAAUUUAGUUUUUAUAUUUUUUUUCGAUUAUUACAUUUUACAUAUAUCUUCUAGGUUUUCUUUAUUUCAAAUAUUUAGUCCUCUUCACGAAAUUAAUUUAGUUUUAAUUUAACUAUUUUGUUUAAAUUUUAAGUUGGUUUAUCAAUUUUAUUUUUUCAACUGGCAUAAUAUAAUUUUAAAGUUAUAGUUAAGCACCAGCCAUCAAAUAUACGACCCGUAUGUUUAAUCAACAAAAUAUAAAUAAUUCAGUCCAUAAUAAUAUUACGAUAUUCGUGUUUCUUCAUAAAAAUCUGUAAAUGAUUUUGAAUCAUUGAUUUGGUAAAACAUCUCCAGUUCAAGUUUUUACAUAGAUUCUUGGUUUGUAAAAUUAUAGGUAUAAUAUUUAAAUAUAUUAAUAAAACAAUGUGUCGUCUUAUAUAAACUAUCACAACAAGACUUAUUUUCCAAUUAAUAAUAACCAUAUACCAAACUGUACUCCAAAAUAGUCCUCAUCAUAAACUCGAACGUCUACAGAAUCUAAGCAUAAUACGCUGAUGAUAAAAUUUGAUAAGCCAACAUAAUUAAAUUUAAAAAAAUCUCCUGAAAAUAACUAAAUAUUUAAAAUAAAGGAAACUGAAAAAAAAUUAAUAAAUAUUUAAUAUGAAUAGGAAAAAUAAACAAGAACCCCAAUUCAAUUUCAAAAGUGGCUAAAUUACAUUUUACUGCGCAGUAGAACCUACAAAUCUAUACUACUUAUAGGCAAUAUGUUUAAUCAAAUUUAUUAUUUAUUGUUGUUCAAUUU